CUGAUACUGCUGCAUUGUUUUUCUCUCACAAACAGAGUUAUCGUCUAAAAUAACAGACAUGUUCCACUUUGAAAGAAGUUCAACAUGUACAGAAACACAUCUCUGUUAUCCAGAAGUGAAAAUUGAUACUUCUCUCGUGUCUGUACUUCCACAACUACUUGACCGCUAUUUGACCGUAAAAAGCUGAAGUACUGUGAUACGGCUCGUUGCUUUAGUGUCAGUCAUUGUAAGAGCUGGAAAUCAGUAUACUGGCAGAAACAACCAUAGUUCGUCAAAAGGGAGAAGCUGCAAAGGAAUGAUGAGUUAAGAGUAUCCAGUGCCGAUAUCCAUUCACAUUGUACGUCUGAUUCACUAAUUUGUAUUUUUAGCAUGUCUCCUCCUAACCACAGCAUGAAGCCUUAUAAAUACAUGUAUAUAGGUAAUAGUCAAAGAUAAGUUUCUGGGGACCGUUGCCUUUGCAGCAAAGGACAGACAGGGAACACAGGGAAGAGUGAGUAAAGCAGAACAGGUACCUCACAAACUCAAUAUUGAACCAGUGACCUGCGCACUGAGCACACUGGUGUUCGCUUUGCUCUGCUGUCUCGGUCAAAUUAGCACCUCAACAGUGUUUAUCCCAUUGCAAUGAGUGGAGAUUUAAUAUCAGAAAAAAAUCACUUCUCAUGAAGAAGAAAAUGUAAUGAUUUAAGCAGCCCAGGCCCCAAGAUACAAUACCACACAGUUACGGUACGAUACGAUACGAUAUGAUUAAAAAACGUUAAUUAUCUGCAUUCUUAUGUCUCACUUAUUAUUAUUUAAUCAUUGUGUUUGUGUCUGGAGCACAUCUGGUCUGCUUUGUGUUUGUAAGAUACCUGGAGGACAGUUUGCUGUUAGAGAGGAAAUCCUGCUAUUGUGUUGACUCAAUGAGGAAAUGGAUAUCUCAUGGGUGGAGCAGAGGAUUAUGAUAAAAACACAACAUGAGUUUAAACCUGUGUCAGUAUUGUGUUUCUGUGCUUGUUUUAGUAUGGUAGAGGCCUAGACUCCAGUGUGUACUCACAGAUAUGAGAUGGUCGUGUUUACUGAAGCAGUCAAAGCUUGAUCUCUAUGCUGGGACUUUUGCCCAAUCGAUGACUCAGCACCACAGUAAAGAGUGCUGGUUUCAGUUUGGAAGAGUUCACUCACAGCCUGGUUUAUUUAUUUAUGAUGUUUCCAAGUGAAACUGAUGGAAGUAGAUUUAUGUGUGUGAUUUCCUCACCUCUCUGGGGUCAGAGCCGCUCGUCAGGGAGUCAAACAGAGACUCCAGUUUGUCCCAGCUUGUCCCACACAGGAUUAACCUGGCCCCACCCUUAUGAAAGAGAUUGGCACACUCUGAACACAGACAAAAACAUGAUAAAGUGCAUUAAAUAAUCUGUUUGACAAAUGGACAUUUUUGCUUAGAGCUCAAUAAAAUAACUGAAAACACAGCUGCCAUUACACCCAUGAUGUUGAAGCACGUUCCACAUCACCUUUCCUUUAACAACACUCAGUUAGCCUUUGUGAAGUGAGGACAUGAACUGUUGGAGCUUUGGAGGUGAAUUCUUUUACAGUCUUGAUUGAUGGACCAUUUCAGCUGAUUUGUAGUCCAAGGCCUCUGUUGUGGUAUUUUGUGCUUCAUAAUGCUCCUCAAAUGUUCAAUGGGGGGCAGGUCUGGACUGCAGGCUAGCCAGUCUAGUACCUAAACUCUUUAACUCUGAAGCCACGCUGUUGUAACCCGUGCAGAAUGUGUCAUGGCGUUGUCUUUCUAAAAUCAGCAGGGACGUCACUGAAAAAAACGAGGCUCUGAUGGAGGCAGAUGUUGCUCUUAAACCUGUUUGUAUCUUUCAGCAUCAAUGGAGUCUUCACAGAUGUGACAGUUGGCCAGGGGCACCAACUCAGUCCAUCUCAGAUGAACUCGGGUCCAGAGAAGCUGGCUGUGUUUCUGACUGUUGUUGAUAUCUGUCUUUGUCUUUGCAUGGUAGACCUUGAACUUGUAGAUGUCAAGAUUCAUCUUAACAUCUACACAUGGUAAAAUCCUUUACAGAAUGGUGUGGGUUUUUAAUUGAGUGCUGCCUGAAGGGUCAAAGGUCAUGGUCAUUCGGUGUUGGUUUUGGGCCUUGCUGCUUAAGUGCAGAAAUGUCUCUGAUUUUCUGAAUCUUUUGAUGAUUUUAUGGACUGUAGAUAAUCAAAUCUGCAAAUUCCUGCUGUUGUACAUUGAGAAACAUUGUUCCUAAACUGUUGGACUGUUUGCUCACACAGUUGUUGACAAAGUGGUGAACCUGGCCCCUCCCCUGCUUGUGAGGGACUGAGCCUUUCAGAGAUGCUCCAACUAUAGCCUACCCCAGUGACUCUGAAACAACUUUUUAGGAACUUGCUGCAGUGUCAAAUUUAAAAUGAGUGAAUACUUACAAAAAUGAAAAUAAAAUAAUCAAGUUUAUCACUCUAAAUAUUAUACAUGUUUGUCGUCUAUUUAAUUGAAUAUAGAUAGGCAAGGAUUUGAAAAUCAUUGUUAUCUGUUUUCACAACCAUAUUGAGAUGAAUUACUGGAUUACAUGUUCUAUACAAAGCAAAGGAAUGGAAACACCUAAAUGUGGAUUUGUCAUUAACGACCCAUGUGGGUGAAUAAUGUAAGUCUGGUAGAUCAUCACUGGUUCUGCUGAUGGACAGACAAACAAGCUGACAUAGAUGUAAACAAAACCUAAACUUGGGUUAAAUAGUGAAUACAGAAGCGUGAUCAUUUACCUUUUCCGACCCCGGACACAGCGUCAGUGAUCACCACCACUUUGUUUUUCACCAAAGACAUGGACAUGAACUGCAAGACCUCAUUGUAGAUGUAGUACACCCCUGCUGCCACCACCACCAGCAGGGGGAGCGCCACCACGGAGGGGAGGGACAUGGUCUGAGGAGGAGAGAGCACGAUCAGACAGAACCAGAGGGUUAGCAACAAUCGGAUACUAAAAUGCCACUUGUCAAAUCUGCCCAUUCCCACCAAACUCACACACUGAAAGCAGAAGAUGGUCAUGUGACGUACCACAAGUUUUAACCAAGGGUGGACAGAAAAGUAUAUAUUUAGUCACAUUAAUGGAGUCGCCUUUUUGAAUAUUUUUACUGUCUUUUUAGUAGUUCCUGAAAGUGGUAUCUGUACUCCUGUGUUGGUAUUUUCUGAGACAAUUGUUCAGUAAAGACUAGACCACAGUCCUAGUAUCAAGCCCUUCCUGGACCAAAAACAUCAAGCAUCUCACUGCAAAUGAAAAUAAAUCUUACAUUUCAUUAUGAAGUCUGAGUCGUGUCGUCUCCUAGUGUCUCCUAGAUUCAGAAGGAAGAGUGAGGUGGUACAGAUUCCAAGUUGUUUGAAGUCCAGUCUGAGGUUUGUGAUGGUUUGGGGCGCCAUGCUAUCUGCUGCUGUGAAUCUACUGUUUUUCAUUCCAAGUCCAGAGUCAACAUUGCUUAAAGUCUACUAGGUGAUUUUAUAUACUUUUUUAUGCUUCAUUAUCUGUGAAGCUUUUUGAAUAUUCUGAUUUCCUUUUCCAGCACCUGCACAGCACCAAAACACCUACCAAAUCAGUUUGCUGACUACAUAACAGUGUUCAAUCAGCCCGCUAACUGAACUGGCCUGACCUGAACCCCAUACAGGAUCUCCGGGAUGUUUGUCAACAGGAAGAUGAGAAACAUCCGAGCCAAAAAUACAGACCAGCCAGAGGCCACUGCUGAAGCAACGUGGUGUUUGUAAAUCUGGAUAUACGGUGUGUGCAUACACUGUUUAUGUUGAUGUGUAAGAAUGCACGUCUAUGUAUAGGUAUGGGUAUGUACAUGUAUAUAUUGAUGCAGGUAUAUGUGGUAAAUGUAAUUUCAUUGAAUGUACAGAUUUUGUUAUAGAACCUUAUGGAACUGUAACACCUUUUUAAACAUUUCUAAUUCAUAACAUCCUCUCUUUUGAUUUCUAAACUUGUUUUUUAAACUUCUGCUGGUGUAAACUCUACAUUGCAUGCAUCAAAACAGUCUUGGAAAAGUCAAGUGACUAAAAUAGAAGCAAAAACCCAACUGUUGCUUUGCACAAGUUUACAAGCGCAUUUUUCCAGCAUCAAAUACACUUUUUAUUGCAGUUAAUUUUUGUUUCAUUGAAAUCUUUUCUUUGAGUUUUGUCUUUAAACUUUUUUAAAGUGUUUGACUACAUAAUAAAGACACUAAAGUCACUUAGCUGUUAAUCUCAUGGCUGGUAAAUCUGUGUAUUAGUUGGCCUGGACUGGCCCCACUUACCUUGUAAAGUGUGUUUGAGGAGAACAGCUAAAUAUACUCGGCCCAUGCGUUGGCACAGAUACCGCUCACUGUGUCACCUCUGGGAUGUUGUCAUUAGAUCCCCGAGAGGCGGCAACUGAAGAGGCUCGCAUUUACAAGCAAUGUCUGACCUUAUCUGCCCCGCUUUGGUUUGGUUAACACAUGAGGAGAACUGCUAAUCCACGUUAAAACCUCAGCAAUGGCUGCGGAGACACUUUGCCCUCAUCAGACACGUACCCGGCUGAUUGGAUCCCUCUGUUAGUGAAUGCACAUCUAUAGCAACACACACAAACACGAAACACACACACCUGUAAUGUGUGUGUUAUUCUUGGUCCACUUACAGAACGAUCAGGGAGUUAAUCCUUCAGCAGGACGGGCUCUUGUUUUUUCUGGGUGUAGUUAGGUAACACAGUCCCUUCUCCUCCCUCUGUGUCCCUCGUCCAUGCACACAGCUCUCUGUCCCUCUGUCUCUGUCCGUCUCUGUCCCUCUGUCUGUGUGUCCUCUGGGACCUGCUGCUUAUAAUAGCCUCUGCUUCAGUCAGCCAUUAAUAUACACACAUGCAGAGAAUAGUAUCUGAGACAUGCUCCUUGUUGCCAGCGUGAAGGGAGGGACCUGAAGUCAGAGUCUCAGAUACUCUUGGUGAUUUAUUUUGCUCUUAUGUUCAUGUUAUUCAUAUUUUUCCUUUUAUUUUGAUUUUUAAGCUUGUUUUGAAUUUGGUUUUUAAAAGUCCAGCCUUAAUGGUUUUCAUUAGGUAAGAAUCCCACAGUCGUAUCUACCUAUAGAAAGGUUCUUGAAGGGUGAGGGUAGGCAACACCAUGUCGGGGGGUUGAUUUACGCCUGUUGGCACACCCCAGGGCAGAGUGCUGUCCCCUCUGCUCUCUAUUUUUUAUACUGACUGAUGACACCCUAGGCCUUAUAUAAUUAGGUUGGCUGAUGACACCGCCUCAGUCAGCCUACUGGAGCAGGAUAAGGUCCAACAUGGCCCAGUGUUGAAAGACUUUGUUGAUUGGUGUAAGGUGUAACACUUGAAUUUGAAUGUAUCUAAAAACAAAGAACUGACUUUAGACCUCAACUCCAUCUCUGAUCAGAGGUCAGGAGGUCGAGAUGGUGACAGAGUAUAUAUGCAUGGUCUCAUUAUUGAUCACAAACUUUCCUGGGAUCCUUGUGUUGAUGCUAUUUUCAAAAAGGACUUGUAUUUUCUUUGGAAACUGAACUCUUUUAACAUUGACAACAAAGUUUUAACUUUGUUAUAUAAAUCCUGUAUUGAAAGUAUCCCUUUGUGUUCUUGUAUACCGGUUUGGACUGUCUGAAAUCACACAUAAUAUGAGUUGGGUAAAACUGUUAAGACCUGUGAGAAAAUGAUGGGGGAGCAGCAGGCUGACCUGCAUAUAUAACAGGCUGGCCCAAAGUCCCAUAUGCAUUUGAUACUGUGAAUCAUAAAAUACUCAUUUGACCGACAGGAGAAGUGGACUGGUGUCAUGGCGUGGCCAUUUGGGGCAUCAUGGCACAAAAAUUAUUAAGAAUAGGAGACUCCAAAAUGUUGAACAGCUGAUUUUACACAUCUGGCAAAUCUUCCCCUGGAAUCAAAAUUUUAAAAAGCCAUUAUCUUCAUCAUCAUAACUAUGAAUAAAACCAUUUUGGUUGAGCUUUUCCUGUCUUUGCACAAUUGUCAAUCAAAUAUAAGAUUUAAAUGAUUUGCAAACCAAAUCUUUUCAAUUAAUAUUUUUGCAAUGUCCCAAAUUAUAUGGACUUGACAAUGCAAAUAAAAUUUAAGAAUCUAGACACAAUGCUUUUUAAAAUUUAACCCAUGCCAUCUUUUUAACUUUAAGGUUGCUGAACUGGAUGGUAGAAUAAAACGUUCAACAACAAAAUUUGCAUCAAACCGAGAUAGAUUCAAAAGUAUUUGCUCAAAAUAAAUCUGAUAGUUUUCUGAAUUAAAUGUAAACAAAAAUAUUGUGAUGAAAGAAGCAUAAUUUGAAUGAACAGCCUGUUGAAAACUGAUAUACAGUCAUAUUGUGAUUGAAACUUAAGCAUCACUGUUUUUAUUUAUGAUAAAUAGCCUAAAGUAUCUACGGCGGCUGGGAACUGCCACUGCUGCAAAUAAAAAAGAAUGCAAAAAAAAAAAAAAGAAUUCACAACGGAAGUUACCGAUGCAAAAAAAAGAAACAGUGCAGAUUUAAAAAAAAAAAGCCACAAAGGAAGUUAACGACACAAAAAAAGUGGUGAUAGAUUAAAAGAAAGUUACUUACUGCGAAAAUAAAAGGAUGCAAAUAAAAAAGCCACAACGGAAGUGGGCUUUGGUUCAUUCUUUCUUUCUUUUCUUUUUCUGCAUGAGUAAACUCUGUUGUGACUCCUUUUUCUUUUUUUGUCUUUUUUUUUCGCAGUGGCGGUUCUCGGCCACCCGAAGUAUUUGCAUUUAUCUGGGGGAAAAACAACUGAUUAGAUCAAGAUCUGAUGAUGCAUUUUUAGAAGCUCAGUAACCAUGUCCUGUCAGUGGGCGGCGACGGUGAGCAGUUAUCGCGAGACUUCCAUAGAAAUCCAUGAGCGUGUGUGUGUGUGUAAGUGUGUGUGUAUGUGUGUUGUGUACGCUCCCCCUCUCCGUUUGGGAAAGAAGAAAAUAAACGUCUCGCUGCUAACCAGGCUAGUUAUGGAACCGAACCCAGAGUACUCCUCCUGCCGCCUCUGACCGGCACUGAGCUGCUCGCCCUGCAAGCAGCGGGUCUACCACGGACAGCAGCAUAGGAAGGGCUCGGAAUUACGGGACCGAGUGUUUAUUUAAAAGUCCAGUUAAAGAGAAGAGCCAGGAGGAGCUUUCAUUAGCUUACAGGGCUAACCGAAGCUAGCAGAAAGAGCACUGGAUGAAGUUCGCAUGGACUGACUGCUCCUCCUGGGUUAGGAUCCUGCUGCCUGACUGAGAGUUUUAUUCACCUUCACACGGGAGUCUGCUCUUGUUAAUGGACGCUGUCGCCUCGGAGGUUACAGGCGGUUUCUGUGUGCAGGGUUUUUGCUUGUUUGUGUGGUUCUCACAGUAUUGAUGUGGAAGCUAACAGGAUAUUAGCCUCCUCUCUGAGCGCUCCGCUUUGUGGGAACAGGCCAUGGACUGAGCAGCUUUCAGCACCCACUGAGGGAUGGGAAACCUGGCUUAAUGGCAGCUAAUUAUUCACCAGGAAACAGCAAUUGGAUACAGCUAAACAGACUUUAAUUUGAACCUUUAUUUUUCCUAACAAGUGUUAUCUCCUUUUGGGCUUUUUUUUUAAACUUGAAAAUGCGUCGGAGUUCAGGAGCUUUUAAUAAGUUGGGAUAAGAAGACGCUGAAGAAAGCCGGAGGAUUACAGCUCCGCCGUUUAUUCCAGUUUUGAAGAUAAAUUCGUUUUUUUUUAAUAAUAGAAAAGGUGAAGUAUGUCUACCGCUAAAGAAAACCCCUGCAGGAAAUUUCAAGCGAACUUCUUCAAUAAAAGCAAAUGUCAGAACUGCUUCAAACCCCGAGAACUGCAUCUGCUCACCGACCAGGACCUGACACAGGUACAGAUACAUAUCAUUUCCUAAAUUUAUGAUAUUACACUGAAGUAGUGAUAUACGAACAGUCAGAUUCCUUCAUGCACGACACUGUUUGAAUUGUGUCCAUUUGUCAACAUAACUGGAAGAAACCAUAAUCAUCAAGACAAGCGAUAAUUCGAUACAUUGGGUUACGAUACAAUAACGUAUCUAACGUAAUAACUCUAAUUCGAUACAUUGGGUUACGAUACAAUAACGUAUGUAAAGCAGUAACUUUUAUUCGAUACAUUGGGUUACAAUACAAUAAUGUAUCUAACGCAGUAACUGUCAUUCGAUACAAUGGGUUACAAUACAAUAACGUAACCAAGGUUAAGAGCCGCAGUUUCUUUAGAUGUAAUGUAAUAUCAAAGUCCACAGUCAGAAACAGAAAAAAAUGCAUGAAAUUUUUGGAAAAAUAGUUGUAUUUGUUAUAGGCUUUGAAGAAACUCAACAUUUACUAGGGAUGGGAGUUCAGGAACUUUUAAUAAGUUAGGAUAAGAAGACGGAUGAGAAGGACCUGACACAGUUACAGAUACAUAUAAUUUUCAAAAUGCAUGAUAUUUCAGUGAUACUAACACUCUGAUUCCUUCAUGCAUGACACCAUUUGAAUUUUGUCCAAUUAUUGGCUUAACUGGAAGAAACGGUAAUCAUCGAAACAAGCUAUAAUUUGAUACAUUGGGUUACAAUAUAAUAACGUAACCAAGGUUCAGCGAGCAGUUUCUUUCGAUGUAAUGUGAUAUGAAAGUCCACAGUCAGAAAAAAAAAAUCUGUAUAUUUGGAACAAAAGUUGUAUUAGGAUUCGGGCAACACAGUAGGAUACCAUAACAAAAAUAUGCAGCGAUACCUAGUCUGCCUUUGGUCUUGAAGUCCAAUCUGAUAUCUUUGAAUAUUGAGCAUAAGCCAACACCAAAUUUGGUACUUGUAUCUGGAAUAUUUCAGAUUGAGAGAUUUUUUAUUCGAUCAUAUAUGCAUACAAUACAAUUUUAGACAAGAAAUUCCCUAUUUUGUGGGGAUCAAAAAGGAGUAGGUUGACGCUAUUUAGCUUUACCAACCGUCAUUCCUUCCUAUUCGUUUACCCUUUGCAUGUCUCUAGAAUUUAGAAUUUCUGAUGUCCCCUAAUUUCAGAAACAGUUCAUUAAUAUGAUGGAAGAAUCCUACCUUUUUAACUAUCCUUAAUGCUCUCUUUUGCAUAAUACAUAAAGGUUCUGGAAUUUUGGGAAGUUUUGUUGGUUGAGCAUCUUACGGAUGGCAGAAACCUUCAUUCUCUAUCAUAGGGGUUGAUGAUUGCCCAAAGUGACAAAUAUGACUCCACUCUCUCCGGUCUUUUUGCCUCUUUCUCUCUCUAUAGCAUAUUCAUACAUCCUUCCAUGUUAAGUCCAGAGUUUGACUCCUAAGCUUGGCAGCCUUUUCCUCUGUUGCUUUGGUGAAUGUGGCCUUCACUAAAACAACCAAACCACUUCAUGUUAACUUCUUACAUAUCUGCUAUGGCUCUGUGAAAAAUUAUAUAACAUAUGUUUGUGUCUGGUUUGAAUUACUCCCACACUGCUGACAUUGUAGCCGUGGGGUUGAAAACACUUCUGUUAUGCUGAAAAUUGUGCUCUGUUUAUGACAGCCUAUGUAAGUGAUUGGGGGUGAGCUUAAACGGACAAUUCUCAAUCUAUUAAAAAUGCUAAAAUCAGGUCUGAUCUGAUAGUUGGGAUUGGGACAUCCCUGAACAUAUGACAAAUCUACUCUUAUGCAGUAAUUGACCACAGCAAAUUAUAUACUUAUAUGAUACAUAAGGACAACAGCAGUAUUAGAAUUCAUGUAGUUUUGGACUUGUAUCUAGUCUGAAAUCAAAGCAGCAUCCAAAUAAUAAGCACUUGAGUGUCUUGAUACUCUCAUUGUUUGAAGGUUAAUUGAUUGUUUGAUUGACUACCAUCCAUGGAAGUCUGUUCCUGAGCUGUUCUUUGCUGCCAGCAUUUGGAAAGUUGAAAAUGAUUAUUGACUGUAAAACCAGCUUGUCAGGCUCAUGACAAUGUAGGCCAGACGGCCACACGAUCCCCGUAGCUUGUAAAUACCUUGCAUGCUUAGAUAUUUGUAAUGUUUUCAAAUGAGUUAGGUACUUAAAGUGAGCUGAAGAGAGCGUCUUAACUGUAUUUGUUACAGUCAGCCCUAGAGGACUUUAUGAGGACCAUUACAGCUGUGGGUUAGACCGGUGAAAGUUAAUUCCUGUAAAUCUCUUCUACAGUACAACUGCUAAAAAAAAACAAGAGGACUACAAUUGGCUGACACUUUGUUGUCUUUGAUUGUGUAACCUCCAGCUGUUGUUUAUCUGCAGUUGUUUGUUUUUUGUGUGUACCCCAGGCAGGCCUGGGAACACUACAGUCACGUUUCCACCACGACUAGCAGGAACUUUUGGUCCAGCAGCUUUUUUUUCAGGGAUCUAAAUGGUUCCUUCAAGUUUUUCUUCUCUAUGUUUCUCUUAAUUGCAUUCACAGUUAAACCAGACUUAGAGCAACUAGAGACCUACAAACGAUACAGUACUUAACAUACAGAGUAGGCAAAUGAGUCUGCUACACAAUUCAAAGUGACAAACAGAAAUCAUUAUUAGCGCAACACUGCAGCAACAAAAAGUCAGAAUAAUUAUGUACUAAGACCAGAUUGCGAUCAAUACUCAAUAAGCUGAACACAAUGAGAAAAAGUCGGAAACAUGACUGGAAGUUUUUAGAAGUUGGCACUGAAAUAAAUGCUGAAAGUGAUGAACCAGUCAAGCCCACCUUCAAACUUCCUGUUUGCUUUUAGACCUCAGUACCCUUCAUUAACUUUGCGGAAAUGAAGGUCAAGAAACUUACAGUCCUAGUUCUUGUGGCAGAAAUUUGCUCUUUUAAAGGUUCUUGUUGAAACUAAAGCAACACAAUAUUACCGGCAAAGAAUUGUCACUAGCAGAUAAUAGCUGCUAACAUUCAUAAUCAGUAUUUGCAGGUGUGAAGUAUAAUUAUCAGUAUUCAACUUCACACACAUGACUUCAUAGGAGUAUUUCAUAGGGUCAUAAACAGACAGUGGACAGACUAUUGAUUUUCCAUAUAGGUUAGGUAAAGUUUGUUUGAUAUAGCACCUUUCACAAAGAAUAUUUUUACCAUCAGUGAUGCACAAUAUAGGAUUUUGCUGAUAUCCAGUUUGCUGAUAUUUUCUCUCAUUUUAGCCAACACCGAUAUCAACACUGACAUAGACACUUUUAUUAUUAACACAAAGUUUAAUGCUAGUUACUCUUAAUUUGACAGUCUGUUGGAUUGACAGUGUUUGAUCCUACCAUCAAUUAUAAAGGUAGCUUUUACUCCCAUUUACAGAUAUGACACAACGCUCCUGCUGUCUGUAUUCACCACUUGAAAAUAUUUGGAUGGAGCCAACACAUGCAAAGUGUGUUGUGUGCACAUAAUGAAUGCUGAUAAUGUUAUCUGCCGAAAUUUUCAUACCAGCUGAUACAAUAUUUAACUUUUGCCAAUAGUGAUAAUAUUGUGCACCCUGACCAUUUCUAGUGGUGUCAAAUAUUGUUUGUCCUGUUUUAUGUCUCUUUCUAAAGUAAAUAAAGUUUCAUGGUGAAAGUAAAAGGUUCAUCCUUAAAGAGAAACUGGAAAAAAGGGGUGAUACGUAUAUUGCGAAAGUAUAAUGCCAUGCAUCCAUACAUUUCCUGCACUCUUUCAACACCUGAAAAUUCAAUUUUGACUUUACUUGGAUUUGUUUCUUUUAGUUCCUUGUAAAAACUAUGAAGUAAAAGUCAGUAAGAUUCACUGUCAGUGAGUUGGAGGGUGUUAAAAUGUUAAUAUCAUACAACCAGUGUGACCCUCUUGUAUAUAAUUGGUAAUGCAGCAUGCUAGUAGUGUUCCACUCAUAUAUUGAUAUUGUAAUAACCAUAGACUGUAUAUAGAAUGGAUGGCGUCUGCCUCCUCACUGGGUGAAGCCACUGUAAAAACCGCAUCCUCUGGUGGCAGGCUGCAGUACAGGUCAUAAAUCCCGUCUCCUACAGCAAUCCCUAUGGAGCUGUGGACAAACAUUAGAAAUUAAUUACACAGAAUAAGCAUUUUUCUCCCCCCCCGGUUGCGAUGUUGACAUGUAGUUAUUGUAAGACUGGUUUGUGCUCAAGUCCUCUUUUUUCUGUGCAGCUCCAUUUUUAAAAGUUAUUAGGAGGUUCAUGUUUUCUAUGAUUGACACUUGAUACAGCAUAUGGGCGUAGGAAGAUUGUGUAGCUCACCUGGGGGAUACGCUGUUUGAGCCGAGCGUCAUCACAGCAACUUUCUGCGACUCUCCCGCUGAAUAUGUCCAAUGCUACUGCGCAAGUGGUGGUUCCAGGAAGUGGAGAAAAUCCCGGAAACACCAAGAGCAAUUUAGCUUCAAAUACGUACAAUGACGGAAGGUGGAGCCAAGUUGUCUAUAGUAUAUACAGUCUAUGGUAAUAACGUGUCGUUACAGAGUAUUGGUAGAAAGAAAAAUGGUAAGAAAGUCUGUUGCUUCUUCAGCCUUCUGUUACAAACACGAUAUGAUGACAGCAGCAUCCUUUUCAAAUCAAACCCUGCCUCUAGAGACCACCUUUUCCAACAGGGAAUACUAGACUUAAUGACGGACAUGUGCGAAUGAACAUCUCUGGCAAAUGUCUGUGAAGCUGCUGUGGAAUUAUGGAAAAAACUUCCAGGAGGUGUGAUGUUCAGCUCAUGAGGAAGUUACCGGAGACUUUAUGUGAAGGAGCAGAGAUGAAGUGGAGCUGUGUGGAUCGCACUGUGAGCAGCAUGUUCUCUGAGAGCAUGUUUCUCCCUCUUAGAUCAUUAGUUUAGUCUCUGUUGUGUCCUGUAAUUGAUCCCAGACUUGAGGCCCAGAUGGGCUCUUGAACGCAGCUUUAGAGCCAAACAGCAACGUCAGCAUCCUCCUCUCCGGUGUGUGUGUCUGUGUGUGUGUGUUUGUGGGGGGGAUGCACUCUUUCUUUCUGUCUGUAAAGUGCAUACAGCUCUCUGCACUGAGUGUGCUGCAUGUUAACCCUUCAGACUCCUGAGGAAAGAUGGAUGGCUUAGUGUUACAUCACAUCCUCUAAUCUCCCUCUGACCCGGCCCUCGCUCUGUGCUCUGUGCUAUGACGGAACCAGAGAGGCUUACUGAAUGAUACUCCAUCCGUCCUCGCUCAUCCAGCCGGCCGCAGGCUGUUUGAGCCUGUCUCCAGUCUGUCAGCUAUCCAAACAGGCAGCAGGGAGCUCAUUGCACAAGCAGGUUUUGUAAGGACUCUAUGUGGACGCUGCUCAGACCAGUUACCUCCACUCACCAAGGCCUUUACUGGCCUAAAGCUGUGUUAUAUAACCGCACAUAAACAGUGUUAAACUUCUGAGGUGAGGGUGAGGCUUUGUAAAAUGUUCCAGCGUUAAGAAACUGAUACCGGCUGACUUAGAAGAGAUAAACUCAGUCACCCUGCGAGGUGAAAGCUCCUGUAAAGCUGUGUAAUGCUGUUAAAACACCAUGAAUAGGCUGUUUAGCUAAGUGAAUUUGAGCCCUAAAUUAAACGUAUUCGGAUGGAGCUUCAGUACGCAGCUUUGAAACAGAUAGCCCACAUGGAAAAGUUGUGCAAAGAGAGGAGAGCUGGAUGUCAGAAGGACAGUAUCCAAUAUAAACAAACUCUUUGUUCAGCAGAGCUGGAAUAAAAGGUGGGCCGGGGGAGGGGCUGCCGCUGCUCCCAGAGCCAGAAAAUAUUCAUUUAUUUCGAUCAGUGCGCUCCAGAGAGAGGUUUUAUUCCCCCACAAGCUCCAGGUCUGUUGUCACGGUUCUCACUCGGUCACAUGAACAUGAACAGUGUGUCCUGCAGAGUUGAGAAGUUCGCCUCAGAGAGAAGUGAUCACACCGUAAAGGAGAGGGGGAGGAGGAGGAGGGAGGCAGGGCGGAGAUGGAGGAUGCAGGCAAGAUUAGGUUUAAAGGUACGUGGGAGAGAAGCAGGGGGAGACAGGCAUGGUGUGAUGGGAUUGGAGGAGUGGGAGCAGGAGUCACAGGAGGAGAGAGGAAGUGUGGGCUCGGGAAAUCAGAGUACAGCUUCCCCACCAUGUGAGGUUAUAAUGAUCCACAGUGGAGUCAGACUGUUCACAGAGGAUAUAGCUUUAACACAUAACAAAUGUUCCCACGCAGAGCUGCGCUCUGUCGGUUUGUAAUCACUCAAGGAGACGUGCUGUAACUUCAUGCUGAAUUGACUGUCGGUCAUGUUAUGUCUUUCUUAUGGAAAAAAAGGGGUCUGAUAUCAGUAUCAGCUGAAGGUAGGGCUGCACGACUUUGGCCAAAAAUACAAACCUGAUUUUUUUCACUGAAAAGCCCAUUUUCAAUUUUUUAUUCAGUGUCAACUCUACCAAACUUCACUUAAAAAAUAAAAACAUUUCAAUCAUGUGUCAGAAGGAAACCUCUAAAAACGAUGUCAUGCUAGUUAGUUGCGCUGUAACGCUGCACAGCAAAGGCACAAAAGACAGAAGAAGAGUACAGAGCAUGCGUAUAAAGGUUGUUUUGGCCGGACACACAAAGGCGCCAUAAAAGAGCUACGGUGGAGAAAUGGUGGAGAAACUUUUAAGUUGCUUUUUUAAUCAAAGCACAUUGUUAUUAUUAAUAGGAUUAUUGUAUUCAUUAUAACGAGUUAGUUAGUUGUUAGCUGCAGCUCACUGAGCAGACCCCCAACCUUUAGGUCCUGCACACAAAAACGCACAGUUCACUGUCUCAACACUUGGCAGUUGCAGAGAGUUUUCCAGACCAGUGGUCCUGAAAAAGAGGAGCUAGAUAAGUAUUUGUCAGCAACAACAUCAGCUUGCAAUCAUCUAAACUUGUUCUUACUAAGUCUGCUAUCUGGGUUGCUUCUAAAAUCCAAAUAAGGUGGCAGCUGAAAAGUGAAACAUGCACAUUUCUGUAGUGCAGCGCAAGCAGAAGCAUAUGCUGCGCAGUCAGUGUCCUGCUCAUUAUUUAACAUCAGUCAGGACAGAUGAAGUGUUUCUGCUCCUGUUCUCUCUGCAGCAGCUGCUCCAUAACAGUGUUUUCUCCCCACAGUCUGAAUGUUUCUCAGGCCGCCUGUCUCCCUGCAGGACAACAGAAAGAAGGGGAAAUCAUUCGUCAUCUUCUGCCUAAUUAACAGGCUGAAGGAUUUAUCUGGGUCACAAAAUGCUCCUUUUUCAAAAUAAUCCUUUUUCAAAGGAGUUCAACUCAUCUAAACUGCCUUCACAUAACACGUCAGUACACGUCUAAACCAGGCACAUAUAGAUUUAUGGUGGGCAUGCAGUGACACGGAGCUGUUUUAAAGAGCAGACUAAUAACCAGGGCCUUCCUUCUUCAGUCAGCAGAGAUAUUUCAGGUUUGUGUGAGAGGUGGAGGAGUGAGCACAGAUAGAAGAGCUGAUCAGUAAUGGUUAACAAAGAGGAGAGACUGUCAGAGUGAAUGCAGAGCAAAGAGCAGCAGAUUUACCCCGAGAAAAACACAAGUCCAGCGAGUAAUUACAGGGAAGUGCUGUGAGCAUUGAAGUGUUAAAAUAGAUCCCAAAUUAAACUCUUCAUUGCUGGAGCCUUUUGCAGUGGAGAGCUAAGACUCCUGUCUUUAUUAGCAUCAUACUGCACUUUUGUUUAGGAUGUUGUUUCAUUACUUUUGGUGCUGUAAGGCUUACUAUGCUGCAACGCUCAUCCUGAUGUCUCUAAAUAGUCAAGUGUGUCAUACGUUGGGGAUGAAAAAGGAAUAAAAGGCAGUUUCCUUACUGUGCUGUCAGUGACUCGAUGGUCAGAAGCCCAGCCCUGUGCAAUGGGUCAAGGGUCGAGAAGUCUAGAAGUAGUCAGUCAUGGUGGUGAUAGUCUGGGUUGCAUAAAGAGACACCUGCAUCAAAUUGAACCUGUUUUCCAGUCAAACACAACAUCCAAAACAGGCUCAAAGAAAAUAAAUCAACAAGCACAACAGCUGAUGUAAAAUGUGUUUUUAGUCUGCAAAGGAACAAAAAUAUAAGGGCCAAAUGAAGAAAUAAAAGAGAAAUCAGGUCAGUUUGUUUCUGGACAGAAAGAUAACUAUAUAUGCCAGAGCUGUUUUGAAGGGCAAUCCCACAUCAGGCGCCAGUCCACUGUCUAAAAAAUGAGAAGAUGACACAUCUGACAGUCUGUGUUUUGAUAUUACAAGAGCCUCUAUUUUACUCAUUUUAAAACCUAAAGCCAAUCCCUAUUGUAAAAUCGGUAAAUUCUUGACCCAAACUACAACUGUACCAUGACACACCUGGAACAACACCUGAUUCAAAUGAUCAGCUCGUUAUCAAGCUCUGUAAUGGCUUACUAACGAGCUGAUCAUUUGAAUCAGGUGUGUUGGAGCAGGGAAACAUGCAGGACAGUGGGCCUCGAGGGCUGGACUUGAGAACCACUGUACUAGAAUAACUUCCUUCCCAUAAGAUGAUGUCUUUACAGCGAUUUUUUUCCUCAUGAUAUUCUGACUUUACAGCACCUUUACUCAUGUGCUAUUACUCAGUGUCAUAAUUUUAUUUUUGUGUCAUAAAACCUUAAUUUCUUAUCACUUUGUUCGCACAAUGAUUUCCUCCUGAUAAGAUUAUGACUCAAGUUGUAUUCUUGUAAUAUCAUAACUUAAGUACAGCUGUAUUUUCCUCAUAGUAUGACUCCAGCUGGCCUUCUUUUGUUUGUAACAUUGUGAUUCAAACUAUAUUCUUGUAAUCUUAUUACCUCAUUUUCCUAGUAUAAUGACCUCAGUGUCCUACAGCUUGAUUCUUGUAAAAUGACAUCUUUUACUCUCCUAAUCCAAACAUAUGUGUGUCCUUCUUGGGCCUAACACUCUGUCAUGUUUAAUAAAUAGCGCUCAAUUUCCCAUAUUCACCUCGUCAGCUUUUUAGAAAGGUAAACACACGCACAGUUUGUCCUUAAACCCCAAAAUACAAAGAGGAUCCUGUAUAAGCCAGUAACUCAAACACAUGCGGUCAUAUUUGAGAAUGACCGCACAUGAAAAUUUUUGACGUUUUUAUGAUUGCCUGAGAAAAAUGACAUAAAACAAGCAAACAGACUGGUGUAGUUACUGUAAGCACUAUUCCUGAGAUCCAAAGAGCCGACCUGCUGCCCUGUGUUUAUGUGUUUUCACGUCUUUUGAUCUUUCUGCCUGUGUUGGUCUGAGCUGGUUUGUGGUCAAACCGGUCGAGAAUGUGAACCAGGAGUGCACGCGUGUGUGUGUGUGUGUGUGUACGUAGACGGGGAUGUGUGUGUAUUUUGUGUGUAACAGUGGUCUCAUCUGCUGUGGUGAACCAGGACAGAGAGGCAAGCAGUCAUCAAACAGAGCUGAUUACAGCACGAUGCUCACUAACUAACUAACUGGUUUUUGUGCGGCUACGAAAUGAGAACAGAGGCAACAUCUGGGCCCCAAAAGGCUUCACCCUCCCCUCUCUCUCUCACCCCUCCCCUCCCCCUCAGCGCACACACUCUCCCAGUUUUAAUGAUUACCUAAAUUGCUGUUUUUUUCCCUCUCUCUCUUUUACAGGCUAAACCUAUUUAUGGUGGAUGGCUGUGUUUGGCCCCUGAGGGAACCGACUUUGACAAUCCAAUGCAGAGAUCGCGGGUAAGAGCAUGCAUUACAGGCCUGAGAGUGUGUGUCCAUUGAAUGCCUGUACUCUAGUGUGGGAUCGAUGCUUGGACAGUGAGACCUCAGUCAGUUUUGGCUUUUAAAAGCUGUGAACAGAUCAGCAGCUGUACGUUUAAUGUAAAGCUGAGGGGAGAAUACAAGAGGAUGUAAAAUUUUUUGAUGCUCUUGAAUACUACAUGCUUAAAAUCAAGAGUAACUUAUAUAUGUUAACUAUGACAGAGUGGGGGAGCUCUGAAAUGUAUGAAAUGAUGGAUAUACAGUCUUAUUUCCAACCCAGAGCUGCAGAGAGUGAAAGACAAAUAAGAUGGAAGCCUUCAUCGUCUUUGGAUCAAAAACAACAAAAUUGCAUUUCCUCUUCCAGGAGUGCCAAACAAUGUUAAUCAGAAGACCAUUCAUAAAAAAACAUACCUACCAGACAGUGAGCAGCAAAGGUCGAGCAUCGUAGAGAUUAAGGAAAGAGAGAGAGAGAGCACCACUAAUGAAAAGAAAGCAGUGUUGUGGGACACUGAGGCUCUGACUCUGCUCAUCAUCUGCUUCAAAGUACAUAAGAUCGUGUCCAAACUCUUGUAACGAAACACGACCGACCUUGUAGCUGUGUAAGUACUGAUAAACCUCAGAGCUCUUAAAGUUGCUUACAACAAGUCAAAAAAGUCGCUAAAUACGCUCGUGUGUUGUAAAUAAGGCCAUGCUUUAUCUCAUCAGUGGAAGUGGCAGUGGAAUUACAACAUGAUCCGACAGAUGAUGUUCCCACUUUUUUAAACAUCAAUCACUCCAAUAAUGUAAUGUAAAAACUAGGGCCCGACUGAUUCACCGCAUCGAUCGGGCCCUAGUAAAAAACUUCAUUGGAGACCCAGUUAGUCCAUAAUAUACAAAAAACGAAACAAUACAAAAGAUACAAAAAUUAAGAUAAAAACACAAAUUGUGCUUCCAGAGGCAAGAGGAAUAUUUUGUGUCACUAAGUGUGUCAUAAUCAAAAUUAUCGUACAAUUAUGCUAUGGAAAAUGCCGAUUCCACGCCCAGUGACAGGAUGCACUGGAAGACCUACCCAUGAUUCACACAAGGCAUCAUUGGGGAUGGGAAAAAGGUGGAUAGUAACUGAAAAAAAGGCUAGAAGCAGAAGCACAGGUGAUGUCUGCGUGUGUAUCCGACAUCCAAACCAGCUUGAGGACAAAGAGACUUGUUUGAGCUUAUUUACAAAAAUGAGUUAAAACCUUUGUUCACGUGUGGAUGUGUUUGUUAUUCUAGUGUAAAUUGAUUCUUUCAUUAUCUGUCGAAUCGCCUCAAGGGUCAUGGUGCAGGAACAACAGAAAACUAAUGACACUUUUUUAAAAUUCAAAUUUAAUAUUUUUGUUGACAGCAGAGAAGUAACAGUGUUCAAGUCUUACAAGACGAUGAUCUGGCAGUUAUAAAUCUCCUUGUUUGAGUCUCUGUUUAACUGUUUAGAAAAAAGCUGGUGUUUGACUUGAAGUUAAGCCGUGACAGGAGUUAACAUGCACAGUGUGACAGGUUGGGUGGGUUAGAGUUUUCCCCACAGUGGGAUGAGCAAUGGCCAAACCCCUUUUCAGAUUAAGGAAUAUACGACACCAGAGCUAGAAAGUAACAGCUGAUGUCUUAGUGUUUCAGCUGGAUGGACAAAAAUGGAGAAAAAGCUGGAGGUGAAUCUUCUGUUUGAUGUAAACACGGUCACAGGACUGUGGCUUCUGUGAACACACUGCACUUUUGAGGCAAAAAACUGUAACAUCUUCAAAUAAAUUAGUGCAUUUUAUCGUAUAUUAGUGUUGUAAACAUGCAGAGGCUGAAUCAUUGCAGGCCGUGAACUCACAGAGUCUUAAAAUGAUUAACACUGACUAUGGAAAAAGUGUUUCUGCCACACUUUAAACACACUUCCAGGCACUGAGAGCUGAGCUAACAUAACUGCUGCUCACCUUCUGGGUGAUUUACAUUAGUCAGCUUUGAUUAUAUCGUUAAAAAAGAGUAACAUGUUGUGACACGGUUAAAAAAGAGUUGGCUGGAAAUGUGAUUUAUUUGGCUCAUGAUCAGAGCUCAUUUCAAACUCUGUUUGACGUGAUAUGAAAUUGAAAACAUGAGACUCAUGAAGGCUGAAAAAGGGAGUUUGAUGUGGAGCUCUACCAAAAAUAAAAAAUGUCUCCAUUUGGGAUUUAUUACACUUAAUCAGGAGGAUUAAAUUUCAGACUUCAAACAAACUAGUUUGGCCUUGUGCGUAAGUCGUGUGCCCCAUGGGCUACUUUCCUCCAUUUUAUUCUCUCCUCCAUCCUUCAUUGUCCUGUCCUCUCUGGAUACAGUCUUAAAAAAAAGCUCCACAGUAGCACUUAAAAGAGUCAAAUUUUUACUGAUGACACUUUUGUCUCCUGACAGAAAUGGCAGCGGAGAUUCUUCGUGCUGUAUGAACAUGGAUGUCUGCGCUUCGCUCUGGAUGAGUCGGUAAGUCUGGCACCUGUCUCCCCUACACUUAAACUUAAGCUUUACUGGCUUGUAGCGUCACCAACAUGAGUUCAAGAGUUCUGGUUCCAGGCUCUCUCAGUGUUGUGAGGGUCAAACAUUUGGCUCCCUGAUGCAGUUGUGAUCUCAGGUGAGAAUCUUUUGGUUGUGUUGCUGUACUGUGAGAGGUUGUAUUUGAAUGGCUGUGUGGUUCCUCUACCAUCAGCGUGGUCCUGCGGUCUUUCUCUUGUACACAAGUCUCCAGCAACAUCCGGUGUUUCUUAUUAAAGCACAUUGUGUGAGCUCUUGAGGACUUAAAACAUAUUGAAUGAAUUUCCUUCUUCGUAAAACACGGUGCAUUGUUUACGUCCAUGUUUACUGUUUCAGGGUUUGAUUCCUCCUUCCCUCUUACUGAGCCACAAACCAAUCUAAAGGGAAAAAACAUCAGGAGAGGCAGAGGAGUGUGUUGCAUUGGCGUUUGCAUCUUUGUGUUUGUUUUGACUUCUCAGCUUCGAGUAAGGCUUGUUGGAGAGCAUACGAAUCACUCUGAAGUUUUUAAUCAGUUCUGAAGUGUGUAGGCUGUUUCCCAGGACUUUGGAGUAAUAUGAUGAAGGCUUAUCUCCUAAGAGUUUAAAAAAACAAAAGUCAGCAGAGUUUCCAAAGUGGUGAAACUUCCACUCUUAGUUCACAGAAAGGUCAGCAGGAGUUCUCUAACUGAUUCAGUGUCACGGCAGAGUCCCACUCCACGACAGCAGAAUAGUCUUAUAACAUAUUUACAUGGAUGCUGUUUGCCUCGUCUUUUCCAUGUGGGAAACAUGAUUGUUUUAUUGUCAACACUUACACUCUCUCUGACAUUCCCACUGAGUUUUUGAGAGUUUAGGGAUUUCUCGCAGACUUUCUGAGCCUUUUAUGCACCCCUUCUGUAAGUGGACUUGGAAUUACCCAUGAUACCUAGCAUUGUGACGUGAAACCAGUCAUUAAAUCUGCAGGUAUGCUGCAGAAAUAAACAAUUUUAGUAAGUUACUUUUCAUUUCAUUUACCUUCUUUCCAUUAUGAAACAAAAUUUCCCCCUUUUAAUAUACUUUCAUGUAUUUAUAUAAUAUUUAGAUAUAUAUGAAGUCGUAAAGUGUUGUUUCAUUCCUCGUUGCAUCACUUCAAACCUUUCCAGCCUCUGUGUGACAACUGUAUAGUCUUUAAGGGCUCAGAGCUCAAGGUUGAGAGUGGAAAUGGAGAUCCUGUCAUUAUCUGUCAUUAUUCUGCCAAGACAGCUCUGUGUUCUUCAUCACCCGUGUCACAUUACUGUGGAGUCCAAUCAGACCUCAGACACAGUGCUCAGCAGCAGCUUUGGUUGUGUGUAGGUGGAGGUGAUUAUCAGCGUUUGGUUGGUUAUCGGAAUCAGUGUUUUAUUACAAUGAUCUCCGUUCAAAUUAGUUAAUUAGAAAGUGUGUCGCUUCGGCUCCACUGCCAGUGUCUUUCUUAGGGGUCUGUUUUCUUUGUCCAACAGGACUUGAUUCUAAGUGUAACAGUUAAACUAAUAAGCUCUAGUUUAUGAGAUUAAGAGUUUCAGUUUCCCAGAGUAACAUACUGUGGUGCCAUUUUCAAGUAUGGACACAAACACUCCUAAUCCACAGUUUGUGAAAAGAAAUCCAUCCAAACUAGUAACUACAUGCCUGCUUCCUCAGUGCUGAUUCAUUAAGUUUCAGAGCUGCUGGUCUGCUAAAGAAUCAGCUGGUUUAAGUUAAGCUGAACCUGUCUCUCUGGCUGCUAACCGGUUUGUGUUAAAGGGUAAACCUUUUGUUUAUUUCGGCUAAGAGCUACGUUUGGUUCCCACAGCUCUUUAAACGUUAACCUGAGUUUAUCUGGGAACUUUCUGCUCACACACACGGCAAACAUGCAUCUGUUAUUUACAAGGCCACCCUCACUAAAGGGCCAGUGACACCUCAGAAAGAUCUAACAUAGACAAACAGUAUAGGAGUUCAGCUCCUGGAUAGAAUUUCAGGGUUUUGUUUUUUUGAUGCUGUGGACUCUCCAGUAAGGGUUGGGUUGACUGAACUUCUCACUGACUGACAUUUCUCACUGACUCCUAAAGGACCGGCCUGAUAAUCGUUGGCUAACAGCGAUAAGCCUCUGUCUUGUUGACCACUGUUAGCCUGUGUGUGUCUCUGGGGGAAUGUGACACGGGUGACCAAACCCUCACAGGCUGAUCAGGCUGCAGAUUACACUGCUUGUGUGUAAACACAGGGGGCCACACACACACACACACACUAUUCUGCCUCCCAGAACAUACACACACCUUGACAUGCUGUGUUGAAACCUUCCUGUAAAACAAAUACAUUCAAACCCAUAUUAAUAAAAUGACACGGCUGUUCACUAAAGGUAUCUUUACUUCUCUAUCUGCAAGUGUGAGACGGAGAUGAACACUUUCAGGCUGUAAAACUACACACUGCUUUGAACAGCUGGCUCUCAAACACAUUAUGUGGCACUCAGUCCACUGAUGAAACAUUUUUGUUCAGUGAAAUCAACAUGUCAGCAUGCUCUGGUGGAAGUCCAGACCUCAGUGUGUUGAUUCUGUCCCUGCCAGCAUUUUAUUACAAAGUCGGUCUGAAUAUGAGGCAUUUUUUCCUCUCCAAAUACACGUGAAAAAGUGCGAUCAUCUCUUUUUAGAGGUCUACACUUUUUCAUGGCAUCAUACGGUGACAGUGCAAAGAAGUAGCCCAUCUGUUGUUUUGCUUUCAUCAAAAUGAGACAUUUUUAGGGAGUAGUAGUAGGAAUGGGCUGGAUUAAUCGAUUAAUUGAUUGAUCACGCUAAAUUUUGAUCGAUCUAACGUUAUUAAAAAGGGGCUGACGGUGUGUGUCCAUCCCCCAGGUGUUUUCCAGCAAAGAUCAACCCCUACUGAUUGGGAGGAGUACCCUCUUUGCCCAGUGUUCAAGUAAUGCUGACCUUGUGGCAUGGAAGGAUUUCGACAUUUUACAAGGGGUGUGAUACAGCAUCAGCGGGCUUCAGUAGAAGUGGAAAAAAACAUGAAGAAAGCAAGACGAAAUGUGGUGUGGGAUCAUUUAGAGCAGAAAAAUUAUGAGGUUUGCUGCAAACACUGCGAUGCUUUGUACAAGUACAACACGACAACAACCCCAAUGAUGUACCACUUGAACUUCAUAUAUCCAACUGAGGCUAACGAUUCCUCUGAGUGCUCUCAGUCUCAACCCACCAUCAGCUCCUAGCUAGCAAGGAGGAACUGUAGAGUGACCAGACAUCCCCGAUCUUGGAGGGCAGUCCCUAUUUUGUAUGACCUGUCCCCGGCUAAAGUUGUCCCCAGAAAUGCCCCCAAUUUUAGCAUUACAUGAAUGAGAAAAGAACAAUGGUUAUUAUGGUAGCCCGGCAGGUUGGAAGCGCGAGUGAGCAUGUAGCGCGCAGUCCAGAACCCCCCAAACUUAAAAAUAGUUGGGGGUUUUUCACGUCUUUCUGCGUAUUUUAUGCCAUUUGCAUAAAAAAAACAAUCAAAUCAAUGACUGAUCAUUAAUUUAUAUGAUUAAUCGAUCAAGGGACUUUCUUAAAAUGCCCAUUCCUAAGUCGUAGCUGUACAGCCAGCGUAGGACCUGAGUGCUGUGGAGUUCACUCGAUGAAAGCUACAAGACACCAAGUCAAGGUUGAUUUUGAUAAGAUGAGCAGACUCGUACCUGAACUUCAACUUCUCUACAAGAAAGACUAUAAAAAGGUGACUCCUUCACCGGGGGAUGGGAGGAUGGCUGCUGAAUGUAUUGCAGUGAUCAGCAUGAUGGUUUCCCACAAGUUGAUCCAGAUGAAGUUUAGAUUCAUUACUUUACUCCACAUUUCUAUAUAGAUGGAAGUAAACAUUGAAACAGCAAUUGAAACAUCUCUCAGGUGAUAAAAGUGAAGCAUUAGGUCACAUAACAAAUGAAACAUACAGUGAAAUGAUAACACAGCUGUAAAAGCAGGUUUUAUAGUUUUUCUUGAUGUUUGGAUAUCUGGAGUGCCAAAUCGGCUACCAUGAACUCUGGUUUGGACUACCCUUUCCUGACUUUGUGUACUUAAGACACAGCUACUGUUGGAGCAGGUGUGUGAGCUCUCCAGAGGAUCAGACUCCGUAUCAGUCGGACUCUUCCUCAGUGUGUCCAGCAGCUGUUUGAAGUCACAUGUGGUGGAUCUCUUUGUGUUUCCAGCGAUGACAAUGGGAGGAAACUGUGUUGGUUUUGCGUGUGUGCGUGUGCAUGUUUUCCACUGUGUAAUGUGUUUCCAGUGACACCCAGCCUGCUGUGUUUUCCUCUCAUUGUAACAGUGAUUCCAAAACUGUCUGCCUCAUUGUCCUGCACUCUUUUCAUCUGCUCCAGCAGGCAGGAAAGUGGGUCAGGAAAACUGCCGCUUUGUGCCCAGAGCCCGAGGAGAGGAACUGUGCAGCUGAUAACACCACGGUCAUGCUGUUGAUCCCAUCAGGAUCAUCAUUGUUGAACAAAAAGGGGAGAUGUGAUUAGUUUGAGGUUGACGUUUGUAUUAUUUACUCCUCUCAUGUGGCCUCCUUACAGUGGAGACAUUUACAGGAGCCACGCCCUCCUCCUCCUCCUCUUUGUUUAUGACUCUUGAGCCUCAUCAUCUUUGCUGCACUUCAUCCACAGACUCAUACAGAGUCCAGAACAUUCACUAAAGCCUGUUGUUUUUUAACAGAGGCAGUGUUUAAACACAGCAGAGGUCCAGUUGAAGUGAAGCCUCCUUCUGAAAGGAAAACUGUCUUUUUGAUUUGAUUACCAUCCAUAAGCGUACAGACAGUUCAAGGUCUUCUCCGACUAUUUCCAGAAAUGGAGUGGAGUUUUUUUCUUCCCUGAAGACUCAUACCUUUGUUUACAAGGUUUCACUCCCUCCUGGUGUUUUCCAGGCCAGACUCAGCCUGUUAAUGUGGAGAUUGUGGAUUUGACCAAUAGAGUGAAGUUUUUCUCUCUUCAGUGUGUAGGUACAGGGAUGUGACGAGACAAUACAUUAACAAGAAAAGAAGAGAUUUUAACACAAUUCUAUCAAGAAGAUGAAAGAUGAAAAUAAUGAUUUUCUUGUUGUCUUCAUGUUCAUAUGGCAUUUUACUGAUGCUACAGGACAAAUCAUGAGAAAAAUAAGUGGGAAAUUGCAUUUUCAGGUUUGCACAGUGAGAUUUCCUACAUCACAAAUCCAAGCUCCGCCCCAAGAGCCCCGCUAUUCAGGCCACACUCUGAGAAAUAGAGAAAACCACCGCGGAACAAGCGUGUGCUUUAGCGGAAAUCAAUGCUUGUAAGAAAGUUAAUUAUGAUAUAAGCUUUCAUCGUGUCCCUAAAGACAUUAGUGUCUGAGAGUUGAAUAGCUCCUAUAUUACCUGCCACUUCUACUACACCGGCAAUGUUAGGCUGCAAGCUAGCAUGAAGAGGAGUGUGCAGAGCAUCACUGUCUCCGCUCCGACUCAGAGGUGAAUUGCUAAUAAGCUACUGGAGCUCUGCAGAAGAAAAGACCUUGAAAAUGACACAGGUAACAUGAUUUUGGCUAACAACUUUAUAAUCACAAUUGAAAGACCACUGAGAACACUUUAAUUAGUUAAAAAAAAUGAUCAGUGUGGGACUUUAAAUCAAAGUCAGAAAAUACAAAACAAUGCAGCUCCUGUUAGAAAUAUUUUUUAUCUGCAUCUGGUGAUCAGGGAACUAUUCUGGACAAAGCUGUCAGCAGGAGCGUCCUCGCCUGCAGCACAAACAAAAUGCACUUUUCUUCUACUUAAGCAGUUUUGGCAGCAGCUGCUUCACUGGACUGAUUCAGAGACAGCACUGCCACCACAUCAGUGUGCUGCUGUUACAGACCGACAAAUUCAUCAAGUGCCAUCCUUAAAAAAAGGUCUGCUGAUGUCCAUGUAACAUAUUUGCUAAUCUCAUCACACCUGUCGGACUUCUUGCUGAUAGCAUUACUGUCAAAUUAUCAAGUGUGUGAGAGCUCUAAAGAGGACUUCGCAGCUCUACAUGAGUCAGCAUCUCUGCAGACUUUCCUAAUGAACUAACCCACAAUCCAGACUAGAGCAGACUAUGUGAGGUUUGCAGUCAUGUGGACUGUACAUGCAGGCUGUGCAUUUUUCUCAGCUCUGUGUCUCAUAGCUUCAGUUCCAGUGACUGCAGCUAAUCAUUUCUUCUGAUGUGGUCAGCCUAUAGCCACUCUCUAUCAGGAGGACUGCACUUCAACCAAGCAGCCCUCAAAAACAACAUUUUUAAGAUCAUAGUUUUUCUGAUGUCUGUGUUUCUCAGCCUUUAACUGUUUCUGUGUUUUCAAGUCUACAGGGAUGGUUAUUGAUCUCUUAGUCCAGGAUCAGUUUGUUAGGAUGAUAACACUGUGACAGUUACAGCCAGCUCCUGCCUCUACAUCCUGCCACAUGUUUGAAAGCUGAAAAGAGGUCACUGUUUUCAGUAUCGAUGCUCCAAACAUCUGAUUCUCGGUGAAAAUGGUCAGGGGAAGCGAUGACAUCAGCCUCUAUUUUCUACCCCGCAGACAGCAGGGUGCUAUCUGAAGCUGAAGUAUUUUCCCCACGAGCAGAGGCAAAGAUGCUCUCCCAUGUAAAGCAGCAUUCCUCCUCUGAUGCCCUUAUUUGGUGAACUGCAGUGAGCCUCCAGCCCGGACCACGGAGAGAAGGAGAAAAGGAGCUGCAGCCCCUAAAAACCACAGAGGAAACGUCAGAUCUGCCCCAGACCCAGACAUUCCUGCAGCCCGCUCUGCUGAUGCUGCUAAUGCUCCACAGAGGAGUGCAGCGCAGUUACAUUAAAGAAUAAUCACAUUUAGAUAAAGCGAUAAAUAAGGCGACUGUCAGGGAGGAGCAGAGUUUUCCACAGGGGUGGAAGUAAAGUGAGACCACCCUGAAAGUUUGAGGGGGCAAAGGUCAAUGACCAUGAGAACAGACUGAAGGAGGAGGGAAACUCUGAUUUCAGAGCACUCUCUGUUCUAUAUCAUGCUUUAGAGAAAUAUUAGCAGCUUUGUCCUUAAAGAUUCAGUCAGAAAAACUCUGUUUUUUAGGGAGACCAGAAUCAGAAGUACUUGAAAUACAGCAAAGAAAGCAGGAUUGACUGUCUUUGUGUCUGUACUGAAAUCUGAUACUGUCAUUUAUAAGCCCUCAAAAAUCAACUGGUUUGAGCAGAAAUCUGGUCUUCCUCAUUAACUCCACAGUGCCCUGAACCAGCGUUAUAGUCAAGUCACCAAGCCUUAAAGGGAUAUUGUGGCAUAAAAGUAAUCCAGGGUCAAACACACCAUAACACCGAGUUAGACACCCCUUCAAGAGAUGAAUGUUGCCGACUGUUUGCUUCUCUAGUUAUACCAACUUAAGUAAUGGUUGAGAAUAGCAAUACAGAGAGCCAUGCGCUCAACCAAAAAGCCACUCUAUAGCCACAAAUAAUGUUCAGAACAGCACCUAACUUCAUCAACAGUACAUAUAGGGUCCCAGCCACAGCACUAGCCACCAAACAUCUUUUUAACUUUGACCAAAAACAACUCACCUACUCUCCUCCAGCAGCCGCUUGUUUCUGCAGCGGGGUUAGCCCAAAGAAGAAAAUUUGUCACACAUUAUAAAAAUGGAAGGUCCACACAAAUGAUCAUUUUGACAAGCUUUACUGGUUACAGAUCUGGGUUACAGCUUCAUCAUGCCACAAGAAAAAAGAAAGGAUUGAGCACAUUUUCAACUAACACUUUAUCGAUAUUUGAUGAAUUACCACGCCAAGUUGAAGUUGUCUUUGAGCUUUUAUAUCUGCAGAGGUCUCAUCCAUUCUCUCUAAACCAAAGGACGCUAAUUAAAAGUGUUUCAUGCUCCAGAUAGAGACUCACCCUCAGGCGUAGCUCUGGUACAGGAUCUUGACUCUGUAUGAAGUGAUCAUCUGAGUCUGAAUCAGGAAGGUAAAAGUGUAUCUGAAGUUUUAUGACUCUAUUGUGGAUUUUUUGUGAAUCUUUCUCACUGUAUCAGGCGGGUUAUUAACAGCGUAAGAGGAGCUGGAGCAGGACUUCCUGUGUGUUUGUAGUUUUCUCUGUGGAGCCGUGUGAGGAACAUGCAGCGUAUAAAACAGCGGUCUCUCUGCAGAGCUGCUGGGCGGACUCUCCUUUGGCUCGGCCUGUAAAAGCCUCCUGCAGGAUUUAUUGUUCUUUAUGGAGUGGGUGUACUCACUUCACUCAGACGCUGGCUCUGGUACUUCUUCAUGCUGUCUUUACAGUUUUUAGCACAGGGCAGGGGCCAUAAGUGAGAAAAUAGAGAUUGUUAACCCUGGAUCAUUCAUCAGUCACUCUCCUUGCUGCUGUGCAGUUUUGGUGUUCGUUUGUGUUGACACCAUGUGAGAAAGUGGUUGGUUCUUAAUAAUAUCUCACUGGAGAGCUAAAAAUAGAGGACCAGCAGGGGGACAGAGACAAUGGGAGGAUAUGGAAUUGGCCCACUGGUGUAGAAAUCAAACCCACAACAAUCGGUCAGUGUUUGAACGGCAGCCUUGGCAGAAAGUUGGCCUUUGUGUUGGUGCCAGUAGCAGAGGGCAGUAUCCAAGCAACAAGUGGCUUUUAUUCUCUCAAGAUCAGGACUAAGAUUAAGACCAGGAUCAGCUGGAACCGGGAGAUUCAGGCUGCACCUAACAGCAACAAAUGACACAGAAAACUCACCUUUGACCAGUAAAUCCUACGACUUAAUGUUUACUUCUUCAUUUAAAGCUCAGUGAAGUCUCCAGAGUCAUGAGGUCUUUGGGUCAAAUUCUCCUUCAUGUCUUUUGAUGUUUUCUGUCCUAAAAAGUCCCUGAGCUGCAAACGGUAAGAAGUUUAAACAGUGAGAGAUAUAGAUAUCCAUUUCAUAUGAACCAGAUUUGCCCUGAACAUUGGGAGUUCAAACUUUUGGUCUGUAGAAUAACAGAAUAUACCGAUAAUCGCUGAGCCAAAGGGACAUGAUCACAUACUUUAAAGGUGGGAUAGGCAGGAUCUGAGGGAAAAGAUGCUUCUUUUAACAAAUUCCUGCCUACCCCACCUUUUAAAAGGAGCCAAACCAGUGCAAAUGUGGUUAAUGAAGAUUGUGAUAAUCAACGUUAGUUAACGACCAUUAGUCAAUGGCAAAGACCAGACACUGAUGUUAUGUUUUGUUUUUAUUAAUGUGAAGAUGGCAGGACUAACAUCUUUUAGAGGGACUGACAGAAUUGUCUUCAGGGUGUUUCUAAUCUACCAUCCAGAUGCUCGUGGAGCAGUCCAUCCCUCUAACAAGCUAACUUAGUUGAAAAGCACCGUGUUCAUGUAACCAUUUAUCUCCAACAAGUGCAUUGUGGGUUCAAACCCACUCUGCAUCCAUGUCUCUUUCUCAUUUUCAUUUACUGACCUUUACUGAUCCAUGUCGGCGACAAAGACACAGUCAGCCCCCAGAGCACCAUGAAACAUUUUCUGCUGCUUUUACUUGAACGACUUUGUGACAAAAUUUUGUUCUGUCCCAGUUCAGAGAUCAGUUGAAGAUUAUUUCACAGUUUUUAUCAACUCUAAACCAUCAAAGAUUAAAAUGCAGCUCAGAGAGCAGUGAGCUGGGGUCUGACCAGAGAUGUUUCUUGAACUUAAGGACACUAGAGGCAGAGUCCUGACCCCUGACCCCUAACCCCAUCCUGCUGAAGGAAAAAAGAAGUCAAAUAAAGUAAAUAUCGCUCUACUGGCCACAGAAGUAGUGUUAUAUUUCUUGACCUGAACUAAGGAUCAUUCCUUUGUAAUAUCUUAGUUAAGACUCUCCCACAAUGCAUUGCUGCUAUGCUGUCCCUGCUGAUCAUCUAAAUAAUUCAAACCAAGAAUGAGAAGUGUCUUACAGAUUAAGACACUUUGUACAAACUUGAUAAGCAGUUUCUGAUCAGCCAGUUUAAUUCGCUUAAAGGUGGAGUUGUUUUGACUCUUAAAUUGCUAAACUUUUUGUCAACUAAAGCUAGACUAAAACUAUAAAAGGCAAAAAAAUGAGUGAAAUGUGACUAAAGCGAAAAGGCAUCUUCCUUCAAAGGCCAGCAUUAUCACCAAGCCAAACUGUGAUUCAACCUUUGGAGGUUGAGGGAAGUUUUAUUUAACCUUUGAUUAAUAACUGUACAGACUAUUCACCAAAAAAUCUGUCAUCCUGAAACUCUAACAAAACAUUUGAAAUGGUAAGAAAAUAAGUGAAAUCAUGUCAAAACCAGUCAGAAAAAUGUGCAAAUAAUUAAAAGAAAAGUCACAUUUCUUUUACUAUGUUUUUAUAGCCUCUUGAGCAGGAAAUGAAGACGAUCAGAAACAUUUACAGGAAAGUUCAAUAUGCUGGAAAAAAGCGGCCUGACAUUCACCUGCACUCUCUGUAACUCUGAGAUCCUGAACGCUUUCAGAACAGCUCUGCCUUCAGGGCCUCAUUACUGAAACACAUCUGUGCGUCUGUGUCCUGAUUACAGAAGGUAAUUAAACGCAGCGAUGUCUUGAACUACAUGUGUGCAAAACUAAAAUCUAAAUAAUAAGCUUGUUCCAACUUUUCUGAUUUAUUCAGCGAUGUGGUAAUCAGAGCAAACAGAUUAUCUCCUGUGUGUAGAAAUCUGUUAUUGCCGCUUUUACACAGAAUUAAGCUGCUGCAGUGCACACCAUGAAAGACGAACUAAAGUCAUUCUAGUCUAACCUGUUUCUUUAUCUAUCUAACACACAGGCAGUGCAAUACAAUACAGUAUUAUCUGAUAAAAGUGAUCAAAAUCCAGUGGUAAACAUGUCAGAAAUAAUAGUGCAGUAAAGUAGAGUAACACUACAGAGCAGCUAAAGGAAUACAGGCCAAGAAAAAAACUAGAAAUGAGUCACAAUAUCAGAAAAAGUACUUGCAGUAGUUGCAUAUUGAUGGUGAUAAUGAGAGGUGGUAGAAAAAUAUUACUAGUUAUAUUUAAAUGUUUGUAAUGAUUAUUUUUGUUUCAAACCUUUUGGCAGACCAACAUACAAAUACAAACGUCAGAAUAAAACAAAGUUGUCUCUUUUGAUUAUAAUGGUUUAAAUAUGCUAGUGCACCUCUGCACUAACGUUUAGAAAACUGUCUGAUAAAAAAAUUACAAAAAGAAAAACAAGAGUUAGUUAGUUAGUAAACUGCACAAAUAUCAUGAGCAGCAGAUCACAACGACAACAGAACCCGAUACACACUUACCAAUCCAAUCCACUUCAUUUAUAUAGCACAUUUAAAAAACAAUUAAGUUAAGCAAAGGGCUGUACAGUGCAGUAAAAUAAGAUAAAACACACAGACAUAAAAUGAAUAAAACAUAAAAUGUUGUCUGACAAUAAAAAAAGAGUAAGAUAAAAGAAAUCGUAAUAAAACCACAUAAGAACACUUAAAAAAAUAAAUAAUGGAGGAAUAAAACAAAAUAAAAACACUGUAAGAGCAAAUAAAAAAAAACCCAAUAAAAGAACAGACAGAGACACAACUCUCACACUGGGUUACAAGCCAAGGAGUAAACCUACCAAAACAUAGGAAGAGAAAACAAACAUAUUCUUACUCCUAAAACUGUUGCACAUUCACUCGUGUCUCCCGUUCCCAGAAACUAUGAAUUGAACUGAAUCCUGAAACGUUCAACUGUGUAUCAGUUCAGGAGGUUGGAGUCGCAGGCCUCUUGAGCUAAAUGAAUUUGUGAUUUGGUGAACAAAUCUUUUGAACAAAUCUUUUUAGUGAAUUGAUUCUUGUGAUUUAGUACAUCUAAAAGAACUGUCAUGCCCAUCACUAUUAGAAGAAGCUUCCUGCUGGAAAAACUGAUCAAUUUAAUUAAAUAUCUUUCAAACAUGACAAAGUGUGGGUGGUGGGGAAUCUAACAGGGACACCCAGUUUGUACGACAAUUUCAAUUGACAUUUUAAGACAGACUUAACGAGAAAUGUGAUUAACUAUUGAAAUACAUUAAAUCUCAGUAAUCAUUCAAAAAUCAUUAGAUUCAAAUUACGAAGAAGUAAUGCAUUAAACAUAAGAAAGUGGUCUUUCUGUGAGGAAAUAUGAACUGAUAAACCAACAAUAACACAAAACCAAUAAAAACCAUGCUUAAAAAUCUGGAACAGGACUCAGGACUUUGACUUUGAUGGAUUGAUUAUUGAUAGGGACAUUACAUACAGCUAAAACUUUCCCCUAUAACUCAUUCUUGCCUCCUGACUGUAGAUUUGAAGUGGCCUCUCAGAUUUUCUUCUCAGACAUGAUUGUUUCUUUGCACUGGAGGAAAUUCUCCCACAGCGUCUGAGUCCUGAAGUGCGACGUAGUGUAAUUGCCAUAUUUGGCAGCCUCUGGGGGUUUACAGGCAGAUCUUAAUAAAGCUGGAUCUGUGUUCAGUGGCCUUAAAAGGAACUGUAAGGAGGACCGGCACCUGUUUUACAUCUGAGGCCUGCAGAGUCCGGGUGAGCCCGAUAACACUGAGCUGUAGGAUUCAGAGCUCAGAGGAGGAAGUUUGGGGGAUUUCUGCGGUGAUACAGCGAAAAUCGGACAAAAAGUUAUCACACCUUUAAACAAACGCCAGAUUUGUGGGUUUGUCAGGAGGAGGGUUUUCAGACUUGGGUUUCUUUGUCUGUGUGGUGACCGAAACGGCCAGCUCACACACAAAGCAGCUUCGGUCUGCUGUCAUCUCUUUUCACUCACUCUGUGCUACAGCUGAAAGGAGCUGCCCGGUUACCACGGUGACAUGGUGAUAACAGCCGAGUGCCCAUACAGUACAGGCGCUGAAAUCUGCCAGUUUGAAAAGAGAGAGGCAGAGGAGGAAAGAGGGAUUAGAGAGAGAGAGAGGACAUAUGAGGAACACUUAGAGAGAUCUCUUCUUGGAGUUUCUCUGAAGAUAUUCAUGUUUCUGUCUGUAGAGCAUUAAACCUCUCCUUGUUCUCUCUCUGGAGAAAAUGGGAGAGUAUUGCCCUAUCGUCGGGGUGCAUCUCUAUUUACAGUAACUGUGAUUUUAAUCAGGAUGCUAAUUUGUGUAGUUAAUAAAAAAACAGCCUUUAACAACAUGUUUUAAGAAGAAAUUAACAUCUGACCUUCUGUACAAUUCAACUCUGAACAAACACCUUCAGGGUUGCCAUGGCAGCAACCUCUCAAUCCCAGAUACCCCCCCAUCUAAACCUCCCUCGCUUUCUGGUCUCAUGAAGUCUAAGUUAGACCACAAUUUACAAAUUGAACAUCAAGUCCUGAAACUACAAUUAGAGAUCAUAAAGUCAUUUUCUCAAGUCAUUAUUCAGGGGCAUCAGCGUUGUCACCUUUGACAGUCAGUGGUACGAAAUUAGUACCCAAAUAAUAAGAUACAAUACAAUACAAGAUCAAUCAUAAGAAUGUGUAGAGCAAUAAAAACACAAAAGCAAAAUGUAAACAGUAGUAAACUAGUCGAGUCUCCCCCUGCUGGACAGUAGAAAGAGUGCAAGUUUAAGACACCUUAGGAGGGUACUUUCCACUUUUUGACUUCUCUUUGGUUUUCGUGUUUUUGAUCAAAUCUGCUCCCGUUAUUUUACUCGAUCAAGAUAUCCCAUCUGUCUGUAAAUGCUGACUCUCUCAAACGUGUCUCUUUCAGCCGAGCACGCUGCCUCAGGGCACGGUGAAUAUGAACCUCUGCACAGAUGUCAUCGACGCUGAGCCAAAGACGGGCCAGAAGAACUCUCUGUGCAUCAUCACACCCGAGCAAGAGUACUACAUCAGGGGGGAGAACAAAGAGAUCAUCAAUGGGUGAGUCGGCGGUCUUUAACACAUCUGCUGCGGGGAUGAGGCUCCACGACUACCUUUAAAUUCACAUGGAUAAACUCUAAUUCUAUACUUUACCCCAGAAUUGGUCUCAGACCCGAGUCCCUGAUAUUGAAAUGCUUUGAGGUCCUCAAAAGGUUCUGAGUGUUUACACCUCCACCUGUCUGUCUGUAGGUGGAGUGACCAGCUGGUUGUGUACCCUCGUACCAACAAACAGAACCAGAAGAAGAAACGUAAGGUGGAGCCCACCACCUCACAGGUAACCUCCAGUGGAAAUAUCCCAGCAUAGACAUCACUUUUUUUUUUCCUGACCCCUCACACUGAUCAUUUGACCUCUUCAAGGAGCCGGGUCCAGCUAAGGUCCCAGUGACAGGCUCAGGUAUCCCUGAAGCGGAGAAGGUCCCAGACUCCAGCUCAAUCAUCUGGCAGGAGGAGCUGAACCAGAGGGAGGCUGAGGGGGCCACCGUCUGGGCUGCUGCAGACCUGCCUCCAGGAUCACCGCUGCCCUCUGCAGGUAAGGAGGACUAACAGAGGAACUGUUGAAAACAUUCACUAGAAACUUGUGAGAAAGUGGAUAAUUUUCACAGGUUCUUAUUUGCUGAUGGAGUUAGCUGGAGUUUCCGUUAGGACAUAUUCGAUCAAAGGUGCCUAGCCCUGAAAACCUAGAUUUUUGUUGCAGAAAGAGGGAAAGUUUUGGCUUUUUAAAAUUUUUUUACGGCUGAUUCAUACGCCUGAAGUGAAGUCUAAUUGGUCCAGUCAAGUCCAACAGAAGUGUGUUUCCUCCUCUGUUGUUCAGGUGAUGGUGGGUCUCUGGCACCAGGCUCUGAUGCUGGCUCAGUAAAUGGUGACGAGGUGGACCGAGGCAGCCUGGCGCUGCAUGGCUCGGCCCCCCAGCCCCCUAGCGACCUUCUCUCCCCAACUGGCUCCUGUUCCAGCCUGGGGGGUCUCCCUCGCUGCCUCUCUCCAGCCCCCAGUGACCCCUUCCCCUCGGGUAGCUCCCUGCUCUCCAACGGCUCCCACAUAAGCGGCUCGGUCAGCUCGCUGGACUCGGAUGCUAGCGGCAGCACGGUGACCAGCACGGACAGCCACCCCACCCACCAGAGAGGGGGGCAUCCCCACAGCCACCAUGACACGCCGAGAUCCAGGAGGCUGGAGGCUGAGGCCAGGAAGGCUGAGAAGAGGAGCCGAUACAGGAGCCCUGACAGGCAGGAGAGGGAGGCCGUCAUCAGCCCAGAGAGAAGGUCAGUCCCAGAGUCAAAUCAAAGGUGUAGACUGAAAGAAAUGUAAACAAGGUUAUAUCUUUGUUGGAUGGUGUGUUUUUGGUCAGACUUGACCUCAGAUAGCCUCAGAAACAGCUGAAGCUAAAUACACCGAUCUGGACUGAACUGAACUGAACUUCUUGCAGUCACACUAACAUUCCUCGAUAAUACGAUCAGGGAUUGAUUUUGUUUCCCUUGUAUAAGCUUCAGUCAGACUUAAACCUGCCUUAGUGUUCUGCACAUGCUCCACAGUUAGCAUGCUGGGCUUGAACUUAGCAAGUGCAUUUGUAGGAAGUCAGGUAAUGAUUAAAACCUUAACAGAGGAAGGGAAUACAAAAAAAAAACAGAUGAAGCUGUGGUAUCAUACACACUACAGGUGUCUUUGUUUUCUUCGUUUGACAUAGAAGCCCCUUACUAAUGUGUUUGUCGAUUGUUUUGGUACGUGAGGUAAUAGGUCAGAAGUAAGGAGCUAAAAGGGGACUUGAGUCCACUGACUCUCACAGGGGUAUACAUGUUUUUGUCGAUAAAUCAAUUCUUACCUGAACCAUUCAUCCAUAACCUUAUGGCUGACUUAUUUUAGCUCGUUACUGACAUUUUAUCCAUCAUGUGAGUGAUUUUAGUGUGUUCACAUUUUAAUGUGCAAAUACGGCUUCAAUACGUCUCAAUCUUUGCACGAAUUCUACAUUUUUCUCGAUAUAUAAUGAGAAAUACUGUCUUUUUUAAGAUUUCUGGGCUGAGUACUAUGAUCUAAUCAGACUGAAUGGACAUUAUUAGGAUUAAUAUGUUUGUAGAUUGUUGUAGAAAAUAAUGUCAUCGUAUUUUGUUCCACCAUGCCAGACUUAAUUUGAGAAAAGAGUCAAGAAUGAGCUCUUUUUGUUAAAAAAACUCUGGCAUAAAACAAAAAUGACACAUGAACAUGCCGUUGAGACUACAGAGGGACAGAGAGAGUCGUCCUGGUCUCACUUCACUACCAGGUGAGGUAAUGACAUCAUCCCUGAUUUAACCCGAUGGAGCAGGUUAGUGACUGAUUUCUGAGAACCAGCUUUUAUUGUUCUGGAAAUAGUUGAUCCUUUUAAAGGCACACACUCACACACGCAGCAGUGACGCACGUAUUUUGAAAUCUUUUGAUGUCCACAUUUACUCCUAAGAGUGUGGUUAAGAGCAGGGAGGAGUGAAGUCUGGAUUUGGUGAAAAUAAGAUAAAGUUUUCUCUGAUGUCGUUUCUGAAAACUCCCCUCCUGACAGAUCCCGUCUUUUUUUAUAGGCCCUCUCUCUAACUGUAAGCUCACGCUAAAUAAACACACCGCCUUUAAACUUUCCAUUCAGUAAUCUGCUGUUGUUAGUGGAGAGGUCAAAGGUCAUACACACUCCAAAUGGGUGAGGUGGGGGGUCAUCUCUUUCCUCCCACAGUCUGUUUCCUGCCCCGUUCGGCCCCUCCCUUCAUCCCUUCAUGCCAGGAGAGAGAGAGAGGAAAAGGAGGAGUGCCGACAAACAUCUCUGCCUCAUAAACAUCUCUGCCUCUCUGGAGCCAGUUUGUAGAGCGUCACUCUGGACUGACGUGGGCGUCCUUUUAGAUGCACUUGUACCUCAUCACAUGACCUCUUGUGUCAAGUGCCACUGCUUCUAUUUUGAAAUGUACUAUUUCUGGUCCUUCUGGUUUAUUUUGAAGUCUAUGUUGUGGUUUAUCGGAAGUGAGGGAACUGAUAACAGUUAUGGUAAUGCUUCGGAAGAAAAAACAUUCAAUUGUGUAGUCACGCAAAGAAUUGUUUUUUAUUAAAGUGGAGCGACAGCUGGUUUGCAAGCAGUCUGCUCCUUCUUCUUCAUCCUCUCCUCAGUCGAAAGACACUUGGCAACCUACAUAAAGGACCUAGACAGCUUUAAACUUACAGUAUUAGUGUAUACUAUUGUAUGCUCCAAGGUUUCUCCAUCACUCCUUGUGUAAAUCUAUGUGAUAUCCAGUGUGUAUGAGGCUCACUUCCACUGUAAUAUACUGCUUGCAGUGUACGACAAGAACAUACUAUUUUCUCCACUUUAGUUCGAUUAUGUGGUUAUAAAUCAAUGGAAAAUGCCUUGUCACCUCUCAUAAGGGUUUUUCCUUCAUCUCAGGUGUUUUAAGGGAUUUUGGUGAGAUCAUACAGGGCUCAGACAUCUGUGGGAAGCUUGUAGCAGCUCCCUUAGCCAGCUGUACAAGCGUUUGAUCAGGAUCCUUCUGGGGGCCUCUCUUUGGGGGAUGUAGAGGAGCGUCCAAGGAGAUGCCUCAGGAGAUGGUCAACCAGUCAGGGCCUACUCCUUUAUCCCCUUGAACCGUACCAGAUAAAUGGAUGGAGGGAAGUACGGAGCAACAUGUAACGAUUCUGUCAUCUCUCAUGUGGAAAAACUUCAAUUUUGACCUCACGGUCGGACAGUGUUAUAAGUCAUGUUGAAGACUUUUCCAGCAUGCAUUGAUGGGACAAGUCCUCCCACAGAAGAUUCUUGCACUGCUGCCUCUCUCCUCAAAGCCCACACUCAGGGACAGUUUUUGCUCUCUGAUGAAUCCCUGUGAAAUCUAUAUUCUUCUAUUUAACUGAGCCAGUCUGGGACAUCACUUCAGAUUUAUAUGUCCUCCGGUAGGCGUUUGGCCUCAAACUGUCCUCCUCCUCUCUCCUUCAUGCCCUUUUAAGGACCACAGCUUUGUCUGAAGAGUCCCCAAAUAAGGGCAGCAUGUCGUCUGAAGAGUAAUCCAAUAUUCCCUCUUCCUCUCUGGGAUGGAGAGUCUUCCUCCUGUGUGGGAGCGUGUCAGAGCUGGCUGCAGAUGAACCGCAGGGAUCAUUGUUCCCUUCAGAAAAAUGCAUUUGAAGCACUAGUUGACAUCUGAAAGUGCCUGCCAUCAUCUUUUUCUCUGUACUUGGUGAUAAAAUCUCACUUCCCAAGAAGCGAAAGCGCUGUUUAAAACGUUGGCUGAUGAACUGUAGUCCAGAGCAUCACAGCAUGUGUGGGCUUGGUUACACACUUAGUUUCCCUUCAGGGUGUCCCACACUAAGAGGAUGUCUGACACUUUAAUUUGACAAAAUCAUUCUUGUUAAAACCAUUUUUUUUGUUGUAGGGGAGCGUCGGUAUUUUUAACCUGGGCCUUAUUUUCCCUGAUGUUUGUGUGUGUUUGACUGAUGUGGACAACAGUUUCUGAUACUAGUCCAGUAUUGAGGGAGAGUGGAGCAGCUGGAAGCUGUGAAACAAACUAAAAUGUAGUUUGAUCAGGCAAGUGCGCAACCUCAAACUGCGUCUAUUGCAAGUUCUGUAUUUCAACACUGUCAGAGUGGCAAGGGUGUCCCUACCCUCCACUGCAGAAGGUGCACAAGUAGCUCGUCGUAUCUGAGAAGCCUCUGAAAUCUCUUUGGAUUUUGCACAGAUGUUCCCUUAAUCACAAGGUUGAACGGAUACGUUUUUCUGGUCAUUUUUAAGGCUCAUUUAUGCUCACCAAAUGUAUGAAAAUGUAUGUGUCCUUUUCAAACAAUGGUUCUGUCAUUUCCCACAUACUUCCAUGCGUCCUUUAUGUUGGCAUGGAUGUUAACCAUUACAUCCAGUUUCUGACAACAACAAACAAAAAGAAACAUGGCGACUGUGUAGGAGAUAGUGAUACUGUGUAAUUUGCAUAGGAGACAGAAACGGAGGCAGCGUUGGAGGAGGCAGUGGUUGAUCAGGCCGUUCAAUGCCCCAAUGAGAGAAAUUGAUGACGAACCUCAAAAUCCCCGCCAUUGUCUUCAUUGUGUCUGUCUAGAGAUGCGUAUCGGGUAGUGACAGCAGCAACACUUCCCCCACGGUUUCCGAUUGUACUGCUCUGUCUGACCCGUAUCCAUAAACUUAAAGGAUACGUGCAGAAAUACAGAUGAAAAGAACGUGAAGCACAGGCGGAGAGCUCCAUCCGGAUCCGGAUCCAUAUGUAACGUUGAGCAUAAAUGAACCUUUACUGGUUGAAAAGUCGUUAUAUGAUGUCGAUCCUAGUAGUGCCUCCAGUUGUGGACAAGACGUCUUAAAAAUGGACGAGCUGCUGAAAUACAUCAGAUAUGAGGUUUGUGUUAAUUGUGUUUGUGUGUUUGUUGUUUUCAGUCGCUCCGGCGUGAUCGAGAAGUUAGAGGCUUUGGAGCUGGAGAACCAGGAGAAGAUGGAGGUGGAGGAGUCGGGGAGGAGUGGAGGGAGACAGGGCCGCAGCGAACAUCGACGUUUCAACAGAGAGGUAACAACAGCAUGUGUUUGUGUGUGUCUGUGUGUGUGUGUGUGUAAGAGUGUUGUUAGCAGUGCGGACAUGGCAGCAGAGCAGAUGUGAACUCGGCUCUGGACCUAUGAGUGUGGGGUUUUUCCUCUUCCUGUCCCCUCCUCCUCUCUUCUCUGUCUUUUCCCUGCACUCUCUGUCCCCCUGUUCUGUCUUUGUUUUGGUUGAAGGUCAGAGGUCAUCAGUGUGUGCUGUGCUCAUUUCCAGUUUCCAUUCUGUGGUGGGAUUCCCCUGAUGAUUACACUUCCCUUUCCCACCCGAACCCUCUGAGCUCGCCUUAGUAACACACACCUCCAACAUGCUGACACUCAGAGUCUUAAACUGUCAAUGCUGAUGAUUCCUCAUGACUGCAGUGUUACAGUAAAACAUGAUGUGGAUCAGGGAGGAAAUCUUCAAGGAUAAACUUUGUGAAAUGAUGAAUACAGCUGAGAUCAUUCUCUGGAAACAAGCAAGCCUGUUUGUGUCAACUUUGGCGCCCCCUGUGGACAAAGUAGUCCUUGCUUAUCUCGUCCUCCACAUGCUUCACUAGUGUCUUUAGACAAAAGAUCUCCUCACUGUCAUUUUGACAGUUGAAUUCAUGAUUUAUUGUGAAUAUUUAAUAUGAGAACUGUAAAAAUAGGACUGUGAAAGGAGUUUACAUUUUAGGCAUAAAAAAUGACAUAUUGUAAAAAUCAAAUAAAUAUUCUGAUGUUUUUGUUUGUUUUUGGAUAUCAUAAAAAAGCACUAAUAUGGAUUUCAGUUUCUUUUAUAAAAAAAAAACUCUAUUCACCCCCUGAGUGUGGCAUCUGAGUUUUUUUUAGUAAAUUGUGUCCAUUCAGGGUUUCUAAAGUUGAUAAUUUCCAUAUUAAUCAGAGAAAUAACUUUUCUUCAGCUGUUUAUAAGCGGCACUCGAUGAAACCCUCCAAAUCCCCAGAUGUGGAUUGUUUUUUGUAGAUUUGGUUCAAUACUAAUAUUCUCCUAAAGUGUCUAAUGAUACUUUUUCAUAUCACGAACUGUGUAAUAUUUAAUGUAAAAGUGCAGUGCAUAUCAAAUCUGCUGUAAACCUUCAUGUUUUAAAUGUAGGAGUAGUUGUGUGUCUUCCCUGAAUGGAGCAGAUGUAAUGACUCUUCUUCUCGGCACAGUCAUGUCCACCAAAACCGAUGACUCAGUGUUUUUCAGCUAUCUGUUUUGUGAGUCAAAAUGCUUCAUGUUUUUGUAACACAACAGGGAAUUUUAACUCAAAUUUGUUUCUGAUGUUGUUUAGGAUCAGAGACGUGAUGUGGAUCAGGGUCUGGAUUUUCCCUCCACUCUGCCCCCUCUGAGGAGAGCCAAAUCUCUGGACAGGAGGACCACGGAGUCAGUCAUGACGGUGAGUUUUGAAACAUCUGUCUCGACCAGAGGUUGUGACGCAGAGAAACAAAAUCCACCCUGGUCUUGUUGUUGAUGUUGUUGUUGUAGAGGAAAUGAGUCCUCUUUGUGAUCACUUGACCUUCAGCUCAUGUUGUGAUUCCUGUUAAUAAACAGCAGGACUCACAGGAGCUGCUUUGGUGGAGAUCUACUCCAGCCACACACAGUAUGACUAAUAAUACACAGAAAAACAGGGUUGGGUACCAGAGCAGCUGUUCCAUGAAUGACUGGACAAAACAGUUCUGCUGUAUAAACAAGAGAGCUCAUAUAUGUUAUGUUAAACAUGACUGCAGAUUAGCUCUAUUACUCUCUUUGAUGCUCAUUUUGGUCACAUGAAUACAGACAGAAGUGAUCAAUGUGAGUUUAAAGGUGUGUUCAGAACAAAGGGAAAGCAGGUUGAUGCCCAGGAUUUGUUGCGACACUUUGACAGCGAGAUUUUAGCUCCGAUCUGUUUCAUUUAAGGUACAAAGUGCUUUAAAAGAAAUACCUGAAUCGCUUUAUAUGCUGAUUGAUCUUCACACUAUUAAAAGGUUGUCAGUCAUCACUAGGCCUCGGCGAUUUAGCAAAAAAGAAAUGGUCACGAGAUAUUUUGUCAUGUUGUCCAAUCUCAUUUAUUAUCAUGAUUUUUUUAGUAUUUUUUUUUAACUGCCAGUUUUAAAGCAUCUGUACUAAAAACUAAAGAAAUUAGAGAUUAGUUCAACAUUUUAUUAACAUACAAAAUAAAUACCAAAGCAAAUUAAAUAAAAUAAACGUAGAAAAAUAUAAAAACCAUUUGAACUCAACAGUACAACAAAUUUAGAUAUAUGCUAAAUAAUACGGUGAACUUGUUUACAGUCCUGAGUGUUUUUGCAGGUAUGCUAGACCUAAAAUAAACAAAUCGCCCCCUCAGGGAUAGGGAAGACGCCUUAAAAUGUAAACAUCAGAUGAUGUAAACAUAGAUGAUACGAUUGAUUGCUGCUUUGGUUUGGUGGCUGCACCGCUAGUUGUAACUAAAGUGCUAAUGUUACUAGUGGCAGGCUGUGCAGACUCCGCUCACAUUUUCAGCACAAUCACUCGAGAAGAACUUCUUUAAAUGAUUAAACAGAUUUGUUGUGUUGCCAGUUUUUAAGGGCACCGACUGCCGACAUACCUUGCACAUUGGCAUAAUUGCUCGAUGUCACUUUGGAGAUAACCGAACCAUCGCCACACAACCCAUGUUGAAUAACUUUUCUUCUCAACAAUACCAUCUUCGGAGGAGGACUCAAAGCCAUGGCUGAAAUCUAUUUUGCUGCCCUCAGCUCUGCGUCGAGCUCCAUGUUCAGUCAAUCUGUUCACUUCUCCUGUUUACUUCUCUGGCAACUUACAGAAGUGAGCAGGAAAAGCUCGACUCUGAUUGGCUGUUGUCACGCACAUUUGAUCGAGUAAAUAUGCUCACAGCUGAUCACGUGAUCAAACUGAAAUUUAUCACAAUCAUUAAUCACGAUCACAUUCCUAAUCAUCACAUCAGGCUGCUGUUUUAUCCCAAAGUCUUUAAAAGCAACAUACGAUCUACAAGCAGACUCUUGCUGAGGAGCAGCUGAUUCAGCUUAAGAGUAGCCCUGUGUUAAAAUUAGAUCCAACUGUUAUGAAAUAAAGCAACACUUCACCUUUACCUCAGAGUGCCGCUUUGGGUCAGUGGGUUUUAGCGCGUUUCAGACAAAGCCUCUGCUGUUCUGUUAAGCUGCAGGGUUCGGGGUCAGCUGCAGUGCCAGGUCUUCAGCUAUGUGAGGAGAGGUCAGCGGGUUGUUGUCUGGCUGUGUUCGGUAACAGAAUUAGCAGAAUAAAAACCAGCGAAAUGUUUCUGCGGAGGCCAACAGCCGUGGUGAUUCACUUUGCAGGGACAGUUUAUAUGUUCAGCCCCGACUCUUUGAGGUUAAAGCGGUCAGAAAACAAUCUAAUUUACAUUAAAUACUGUUCUAUGAUUUACAUUUUGACUACUGAGUGGUUUAUGCACAGACACACACACACUGACACAGAGAGAGGAGACAGUUCUGAAAUACAGCUCCUAUAACCUGCAUCUAACCUGAUUUAUGCAAACUUUUUAGUCAUUGAGGCUUUUUAGAAGUUAUUUUUCUAGUUGUGCAGUCAGACUUAAAGCAUCACUAAUUCAGCGUUAUUAAAAAUCUUCAUCAUGAUGUUGUUUUUCAGCAUCCUUUCUGCAGUUUGAAUGUGUCUAAAUCGGAGUAAAAUCUGUUUCUUUGGCUGUUGUGGCGCCGCAGUAAGAUUUCAGGUCAGAGUCAGUCAAUUAAUCUUUAUUUAUACAGCGCCAGUUCACAGUAAGUGUUAUCCUGAGAUGCUUGACAAAAAAUCUGGUCUAGACCAAACUCUGUUUUUAGAGACCCAAUAUGAAGAUGGGAUCAGACAGACCCACUCCCAUCACAUCUUUAACAACAUGAGUGAAACACUUGACAGCAUUUAUCAAGUUACAGUGGAGUGGAGGAACUUCCUUUAACAGGCAGAAACCUCGAGCAGAACCAGACUGAUGUUAGACUGUCAUCUGCUGAGACUGAGCUGGGUUUAGAGAAGGGAGAGAGACAGAUGGACAGAAGAGACGGACGUUAAGUUUGGUGGUUUAAGGCCUAUAUUUAUGGUUGUGGUAAAUUAACCCUAACAAAACCCUAACAAAUAAUCUCCCACUAGUUCCUUCAGGUUGAAAUCAGCUGCCCCUUUGGUCUGAAAAUGUCUUAAACUGAGCCGUGUGUAAAUCUUUGUGUUUUCAGUGUGUGAUUUUGAGCUGAAAAUGCCUUUUUUUUUCUAACAUUUCUGUUGCGUUGUUGUGCUGGUGUGAGGGUGUGGAUGAUGUAGGAUAAACCUCCGAGCUGCAGGGGGCAGUGCAGUCCCCCUCCUCUCUCCUUCCUCUCCAGGUUAUUUUCCUCGUUCUGCUCCCUCUGUGUGCAGAUUUUGCAGCUUUAUUGUACUGUGCGUGUUGAUAUGUUGCUGUCAGUGUGUGUGUGUGUGUAUCAGUCAAGUAUCUGUGUAUGUGAGAGUGUGUAUCACUACUUGCCACUGCUUCCUGAGGUCACGGUGCACAUGUGUGUGUUUCUUCCACACAGCAGUAUUGAUCACUGGGUUUAGUUUGAUCCACAGAGCGACAGCAGAUCAGGCAGAAGUUGAUCCUUUCCUAUGUUUCAAUCUCAUGUCGAGUUUUUAUUUUUGCAAACCUUUGGUCGGGUCAACUUCUCCCCUCAGCUGACUGAGCGAGCAUGAGUCUCUGCUGCUCUGCAUUUCCAGAAACAACACCUAGAGUCUGUAUGUAAAUGUGACAUAUAUCGCCAGAGUCUCUAUGUGUCUAUAUUUGAAGGUAAGUUGUGAUUAUGUUUGGAGCACUUUUUAAAAACAUGAAAAUGACUGGAGUGGAGCAGACAAGCUUGUGCAGUGAGACUGUUGUUUAUUUUAUGACUAAAGCAUGGAAACUUUCUCUAAACCGUGAAGUUUAUUUUCAUACCUGGAGGCUUUUGAGAUUUCCACGCUGAGGUCAGAGCGAGGGUAAGCAAACUUGAGGCGGACAAAUUACACUUUUUAAACUUUAUACAGGCGUGAAACUAGUUUAUGUUGCAGUUGUUGCAUCCCUGCAGACAUAUACUUUAAAACGCUGUGCUGCAACACCAAAAAAACUUUUCAGCCCACUUUCUCCCACUGAGAAAAAUAAGCAUGUCUAUAUAGUCGGGUGUCAAUCAAAACACACUUAAAAAGCUCAGAUGUUGCCGGCUGCAGAGAUACUAUCGGCUUUGUAUGCAAAGCUAAGGUGACGUCUACUGUGAAACUCUUAGUGCUGUUUAGAGUGACAGAUCUGCAGAUAAAUAAAGUAGUAGUGAUAAAUCACCUGUGCUGUGUGUGUUCUUAAUGCUCCAAAAUUCCUCCAUACAGCUGGCAUGUUGAGGCUCAGUAUCAGCAUUAUGAAUCUAACGCCUCAUUUCUGCUCCUACCAGUAAUGAACUCUUAAAGUCCAAUAUUAUGCUGAUAAUGCUGUGCACGUAAUAACACAAUUAUGUGUUAACACCAGACAGGAAUGAAAUUAUACACUCGCUUAAUUUGCACAAAUAUCUCACUCCAUUUACGCGCCUACGCAGUCCCUAAUGAUGAUGAUGAGGAGGAGGUGGGGUUUUCCUUUCACGCCGUUUCGGUCUGUUUUAAUCAAACACGGUUAAGGUUGAGUUCACGGUGAGGAUCUGUUGCGAUCUCAUUCACUCUCAGCUUAGCGAGCGCCUUUUUAUUUCUCCUUUGAUAGGAAAACAGGUCGUGUUGUACAGCCCAGUGUUCAGCUCUCACAUAUAAUGGUAUGGACACAAUGAAGGUUGCCAGUCCACCUAGAGUGGCCCGUCCACUCUGGCUGCAUAAGUCCAGAUCUUGGGUUGAAGACGCUUCUAUAGAACUUUUAUUACACCUAAUAGUAUAUUACUGUUAGAGCUUUCACAGCGCUGCUAAUUCAAUAAAAUCAAAUCAGUCAUUUUGUUUGUGUAGAGUUAUUUUAAGGUAGUAAACUAAAAGAGCAGGUCCGGUCUCCACUCUUGCCUCCAUUUCUUAUCAAAUCAUCGAGUUUAUAAGCAGAGGCUUUUAUACUUUAGUCAUAAAAUGCACUUUUGUUUGCUCAUCACAUGGUUUGUCUUUGACUGCUUUGGACAUCAUGCAUGAUGAAAUAUUUUUGAGAGCCUAAUUUUCUCAUUAUCUUGUAUUUAUUUUCUUUACUUUCGCAGCCGGAUCUGCUGAACUUCAAGAAAGGCUGGAUGGUGAAGCUUGACGAACAGGGACAGGUAAAUUAGGAGCUCUGAAUCUGCCUGCAAAUGACCAAAUUAAAAUGGUGUUUUCUCUGGAAUUAAUCAUCCUAUUUUCUCGUUAAUGUAGAUAACUUGUAAUUUUUUUAGUAGCAGUUUGACACUGAGGCUUUGUCUCAAACUGUGUCUGAUUGGUCUACCUGAAGCUCACUGUGGUCACUCGUUGAUGUUUGCAUUUAAUAGUCUCAAAAGGCGAGGGUAGGGCCUAAAACUUUAGAAUACAUCUUUAUGUUAAGUGCAGACAGAGCAGCUCUGAGUUUCUCACUGGUUGUUUCAAACAGAAGACAGAACCUAAUGUCAGCUCACCUGAACAUGCUCUGUGUUGGUUUUCUUUCAGUGGAAGAAGUUCUGGUUUGUCCUGACCGAUCACAGCCUGAGAUACUACAAGGACUCUAUCGCAGAGGAGGUCGGUUUGAUUUAGUUAUUUCAAAGAAGGUUUCAUGUUUUUCUGCUUUUUUAUAUUCACCACUCUGGGGAGUUUUUUGUCUGUUUACAAACUUCUUAUUACAGAUUUGUGGUCCUAAGUUUAUGUCCGUAUUUAUAUAUUUGUCAGUUUGUCACAUGGCAACAGUGGAGGAGGCUUCUGAAGUACCGGGUAGCAAAAAACCACGUAAAGCUACAACAGAGAAAUCAGAGGGGGAAUAUAAAAUCUGAAAAAGAGCAUAAUACCUCCUCUUUAAUCUGGAGCUGAUGUUUUAGUAAAUAAUUACAGCUCCUCUUCAUGUCUCCUCUGUGUGUGUCCUCAGGCCUCUGACCUGGACGGAGAGAUCGAUCUGUCCACGUGUUACAACGUCACUGAGUAUCAGGCUCAACGCAACUACGGCUUCCAGAUUCAUGUAAGAGGAAUCCUAUCGAGGACAAAUGUUAUUAAUGUAUAUGAAUUCUUUCACACUAUAUUAGACUCUGUACAGCUCCAGUUGGAUCAGAGCUGGGAUGUUGAGUUAAAGGUUUAUGAAAACACGUUUUGAUGCUUUGCAGAUUGUUUAAACUUGUACUGAGUUGAAAAUAUUACAACAACAAAUCAAAUGUUGAAACUGACAAAUGUUGCUGUUGACUCAUUUUGAAUUUGACGCCAGUGACACAUUAAAAAGUUAUUUAAUAAACUUUUAAUAUAUUCUCAGACUCAGGAGGGAGUUCACACCCUGUCGGCCAUGACAGCAGGGAUCCGCAGGAACUGGAUCCAGGCGGUGAUGAAGAACGUCAGACCCUCCACUGCUCCUGAUGUGGCCAGGUCAGUAAAGUUUUUCCUACACUGCUGAACAAAGUUUCCAGCCACAGUGACAGAUCUGGUGUUUUACAGUCUGUUUGGGAAGAGAAAGGUGCUCAAAGGUUUAGAAGUGCAAAUUUCUGAGUCAAUAUUUCCUCUGUGUAGCUCCACCGAGGACCACAGCUCGUUCUCUCCUCUGGAGGGUCUGGUUCGGCCUGAUGUCACCCAGGACUCUCCCUCCUCUGAAGCCUCGUCUGUGGAGAGAGAACCCCCCUUAGGGGUCCCAAAGAGCAGGGCGAGAGAACGCAGGAGAGAGGGCCGCUCGAAGACAUUCGACUGGGCAGAGUUCAGGCCGAUCGCUCAGGCUCUGGCUCAGCAGAGAGCUCAGGAGGCCGAAAGCCUUCAGGCGGAACUGGGAGAGCUGGAGAGGAGCCGGAGGAGGGAGGAGAGGAGGAAGAGGUACGAGACUGUGACCGGCUCGACAGCAGAGAACUCAUCCGUUAGAGAUGGAGGGAGGACAGAGUACGAGGGCGAAGAGGUAGAUUCAUUAGAGAGGCAGCAGAGAGUGGAGGAGGUGAUCGAAAAACACUGGCAGCAGGUGGAGAAGACGCCGAUACGGGAGGAGAGGAGGGUCCCUCUGCCGGUCUCUAUGCAGAGCAGGGAGACUGCAGACCUGGAGCAACUGCUGGACAACUACAAACAAGGGGUAUGUUUUCUAGCAUUUGUGCAUAGAAGUCAUUUCUCAUCCAUUUCAUUUAGACGAGAAGAUCCAUGAACAUGUGAAAACACCACAGAGCAUUUCAUUAUCUGACACUUAUCAGAUCAGACAGCCUUUCAAAUGCACAUCUCAAGCUCUCGCUUUGAAAACAUAACCUGCAGAUGGAGAUGCUGUUAUCACUGCACCUGUUGAGUAUUGUAAACAUCGUCUGACUUCUUCCUGCAGAUGGAGGAGCUGAAGGCUCAGCUGGAGAGCUGUCACCAGCAGCUGCUCGACUCCAACAAACACAAGCAGGACCUGGAGCUGCAGCUCCGGAUGGCUCUGGAGAGAGAGCAGGACAUCCGGACGGGGUACAUCUCUCCGGUGAGUGUGUGUCUGUGCUCUGACCUGUGUGUCAGUCUGCUGUAGAGGGAAAUCCUGUGUUAGAUAUCAUGAGUAAACUCGGCAGUGUUUUCUCCUCCAUUUAGUAACAUUCUUUGCAUGUUUUACUCGAAACUGAAGAAACAAAACAAACUGACAUUAAAGCAUAAAACAGCUGCAGAUCGGAUCCUUUGCAUGAGUUCAUUGCAUGUGAAAUAAAACAUGUAUUUCUUAUGACUACAUUGGCUUUUGCUAGUUAAUCUCUGUUUGUUAGAGGUCUGUAUCUGAACUCAUGCCAGAAGCUACUUCAGGAUUGUUGAUUUUUGACCAGAGGAGUUUUGUGUUUGCUGAAGUGACUUUCUGAGGAUUAUUUUACUCUAAAUAAAACAAUAACGGAUUAUUUUCAUACCAAACCAGCAGGAAAAUUCUGCUUUGUUUUAGUCACAUGUUGUUUUAUUCAAGUCAGGCCAGGUCAAAGCUUUUUGUAUAGCAUAUACAAUAUAUUCAACUUAGCUGACCUAAGUGUGCCGGAGCUUAAAACACACAAUCAGUAAAGGAACAAAUAUGAAUUAAAAUUCCAAUUAAUGAAAGCAAAAUGUAAUAACAUAAUAAAAUGUGGAGCUCAGCUGGAUACAGAGGUGUUAUCUUUACUGCAACACUUUACUUACAACUUCAUCAUAUUUAGAUAAUUGUGUAGUUAAUUUGAGCUUUGUGUAAUUCACAAAGAAAUAAAGGUACAUCAAAAAAAGAGACUAAAAAAAAUUCUAUUUUAGCCAAAAUAUAUUUAACAUUUUGACAGUUUUCACUGUUGAACAUUCGGUAUCCAGUGUUUUUUCUGUUUUUUACAUUAGUGACUCUCCAUAUUAACUACUGAUAACCUUUGUGCAAGCCUAAUAUAUGUGGAGAUUCAAGAACAGAUUCAAGAAGACUUUCUGAAGACCAAAUCCUGUUUGAUAAAGAAAAUAAUGAUAAAACAAACACACAGAUUUUAAAUAGAAAGAUAAUUUCCUUUGAAAUACAAAACAAUCAUCUUUUAAUGAAGUAGACUCAUUAAAUAAGAGCAAGCAAAGUAUUGAUAACACAGUUGAACAGUUCAGGGGGGAGGGGGGUGCAUUUACCAUGUACACGUGAUGAUAAAAAUAAGGUGUGUAGAUGAUUGUCUCUCUGUUAACAUUGGCCAGAGUGAGUUCUAAAUAUCAGCACAUAGCAUAGCAGCAAAAAUCCAGUUUUAAAUAUUGUUUGUAUUUAGAGUGAUAUAAUCCUCCUCGGUCAGUGACACAGUCUCUCUUCUUGCUGAAACCUUUGGCUCCACAUGUUUGGAAAAUAACCUCUCAGCUUGUCUCUAAUGAUCUGCAUGGACGUCAGAUUCUCAUCUUCUAUUAACUGCUGAACAGACCAUCCAUUUGUUAUUCUGCUAACGAGUAUUUCAGACAGCAGCUGCUGCAGCAGAAAGUGUGACGCUGAAAGACUUGUGUGCCUGUGCGUAUCCAUGAAUGAAUGUAUAAAGUUUUCAGAGUGAGCCUGAUGGUUUCAAGUCAAAGUCCGGCUCUGCUCUGAUGCAUCCCUCGUGUUGAUUUGUUGUUGUGGAAGCAGGAAACUUAAAGACUUCAAGUGAAACAUUUAUGAAUAUUACAUUAAGUUGGAUUAUAGUGUUCAAUAUUUCCGUUCUGCUCUGGAAACAAGUCAUGAUCUUGGACCAGAGAACCUCAGAAAUGUGUUUGUAGGAGCUGGUAUGCCUUCAUCCCUUAGUAAACCAUCUAGCUGAAACUAAUAUUGCAUUACUGACCACAUGAAGUAACUUUUAACCCCCUAAUGAGCAUGCUCUGUUGUGAUUAACUAACCCUGGCCAUUUAAUCUUUUCCUCUGCUUUGAUUCACUCCAUUAAACCUUCAGGGUCCUUUGAGUUGGCUUUGAAUCACUGUUAAUUUAUGUGUUCAUUAAUUUGAGAUUACUGUGUGGGCUACAGCUAAUUAUAAAAUCACUUUUUUAAUAUCAUUUAAAGGGACAUGAUUGGUAGUUAACGCUGAAAAUGAUUAGCAAGCUUUGUGUGUCCCCUGCUGUGUGUUAACCAAAUGUUUGGUCCCCCUUUUCCAAGCUGGAGCCCCCUUUGGGUCUGGAGGCUGAUGUGACGCCCCAGACGAAGAGGCCCGAACUGGUUAGUUCUCAAGCACAGAGUUUAACAAAGAAGUACCAGGAGACCAAAGAGCUCCUGAAGCUGCAAGAGCUGAAAAAACGCAAUAUGCAGGCACAGCUUGGCCUCUCGCUUUCUCACCUCCCCAUCAAGGACCCUUACUUUUCUGAACCCCCACAAACAUCCAUCCCAGAAGGGCCUCCUCCCCAGCUGGUCCAAAAAACUGUUAGCUUCUUGUUAACGGACAGCACAGAGGCAAUCCAAGAACUAGAGGACCUGAUUGCUGAUAAACCUCUGACUCUGAGGGAGCUGGGGAAACUUCUGAGGUCUCAUAGUUGUAGUAAAGACUCAGCAGAGAAACACCAACUCCAGAGGCUUUUGGAGACCUGGAAGUACCAGCAGGAGAUCGAAAAUGAAGCCUUAAAGAAGAGUUUAACCAAGGCAGGAGAGAGCAUCAAGGAAUAUGAAGCUCGUCUUCUAACCAUGGAGGAUUUGAUGGGAAAGGUUCAGAAGCCAAGUUUUGAAAGCCUGAAGAGUCCUUAUGGCCCGCUCACAGGGAUCGAAAACCAUCAGGACACAAAGGAAAUGAGCGUGAAGAUGCUUUCUCAGAGGGUCGAACUUCUAACAAGUGAAAAUGGAGCUCUGAAGCAGAGAUGUCAGGAGAUCGUCAACCAGCUGACCGAGGCUGACCGAGAAAUUGACAGGCUGAAGGUGGAGCUGAUGAGCCAGCAGGGAAGCAAACAGCAUCACCAGGUCAUGGAGGAGCUAAAAAGACUAAAGAGUGAACUGGCAGAAAACCAGGCCACGGCUAUUGACAGGGAGUACUACGAGAGGGAGCUGAAUGAGAAGUCUCUAAGGCUGCAUGAAGCUCUGGUUACACUGGAGGAGCUGGGAAACACCCUGAAAGACACUGAGAAGAAGCUGCAGCUGAAAGAGGCCACGCUGAAAGGUCUGGGCUUCCGGGCAGAUUACGAAGACGAGGAAGUCCAACCGGAGAACGAGCAACUUAAAGCGCUGCUAGAAGCCUCACAGACGAAGUUAUCUGAGACGGAGGAAAACCUUCAGUCUAAAGAGCAGCAGUGUUUGGAUCUGGAAGCCAGAAACAGAGAACUGAUCGCAAUAAACCAUGAAAAUGAGAGAGUGAACAGAGAGAAGCUCAGAGAGGCAGAAAACGAAAUCAGGAUGCUGCGAGAGAAGGUAGAAACAAAGUCAGGUAGGGAUAAAGAGACGGUUAGCGAUAGUGUUGAUGCGAGAGAGACGCAGGUUGAUGACAAAGGGCCGAUAAAGCAAGUAGUAGAAGAGAUGGAGAUGAGGUGUGAGGCGAUUAGUCAGGUUUUAGUGAUGUUAGAAAAGGUAGAUGUUAACGUAGAGACAAAGUUCAGUGAUUUAAGAAGCACUUUAUUCAGUUCUUGGACAGCGGAGGAGCAGCUCUGUUUGGACCCUGAAGACAUGAGGAUGGAGAUGGAGGGAGAGUUCUGGAGUCAGCUGCUGGGAUCAUCCACUAAAGUCCCAAAGGAAGAUGGGCACAGAUUUGCAGAGCAGAUGAUGGCGCAGAACCAAUUGAUGUUUUUCUUAAAAAAGACCUGUCUUCAAGUGGAGAGAGAGGACGUAACAGAGGCCGAUUUCGCCGCCGAGUAUGGUCUGCUUGACAGUGACACCAACGCUCUUAUUCUGAAAGAGCUAAUACAAACGUUGAAGGCAAAGUCACGUCUUCUGCAACAGAAUGCAUGCAAUAUCAAGUCAACACAAGAUGAAAAUCUUAAGUCUUUGGCUCUAGCAAGCUACGAUUCAACCCAGAGUCAGAAACAACCACCUGAAUAUCUGCAAGAUGCCCUUAAAGAUGCCUGCAUGUUUUAUGUGACCAUCAAACUGAAGGUCCAACAUGAUAAAGAGCUGAAGCAGAAGCAAACAGAAACCCAGACGGCCAGCUUGGAUUGCCCAAAUUGUCCCAAACUGAUAGAGGCAACAAGGAAUCUGGAGUCCACCCUGGCAGAUCUUCAGAGUCAGCUCUCUGAGAUGUCUUUGAGGACAACUACAGGGCCACAAACUCUGACCCAGAGAGAAGGAGAACUCAAUGAGGAUAGAAGCAGUGAGGUUCAGGACCUGAUAGCAAAGCACAGGAAAGAGUUACAAGAGGUGAAAGAUAGCUACGAGCAGGAAGCUGAAAAGUUAAGAGGAGAGAUCAUCACAGCUAAGGAGACGCUGCAACUUCACUCAGAAGAAAGUCUUCGAGAGGUUGAAUCUCUGACGGGCUGUAUGGAGGACCUGAAGAGGAAACACAAAACGGAGAGGACAGAGCUCACGGAGAGGUUUGACCGGGAAAUGGAAGAGCUGAGAAGCAUGAUGACUCCUGCAAACCAGAACAACAACAACAACCCAGCUGAGGACCAGCCGCCGCAUCACACCGCCACAGCCCAGACAUCCACCCUGAAGGAGCGCAUCCAGGAGCUGCUGACCCAGGUGUCAGUGAUGACCCAGGAGAUGAGACGACGCGAAGAGCAGGGAGACAUUACCACUCUGCGGCUGAAAUAUGAGAAAGACCUGGACAACCUGAAGGUGGAAGCGCUCCUUGUCCUUACCGUCGUCCAUCUGUGAUGCCUUGUGUUCCUUUGUGGCAUUCCCAGACUCCCCUUCCUCCCCCAACCCUCCUCUUCCCCUAACCUUGCCCACAAAACUCUUGCUCUUUUCUAAACCUCUUUCCUUCUGUGUUGCAUGAAACUAACCUCCUCCCUGUAGGUUUAUGUAAGCUGUGACGCUGCAGUAGUUUGCACCGAGGAACACAUUUUGUUUCAAAUUUCAUCGCCAUUAUUUGUAGAAAUUUGCGAAUCUUGAACUCUACAAAAUCCAGCACACACCAUCAGAUUCUCUCAGACUACCUCAUAUUGAAUCCUCUGAAAUGAGUUCCUCUGUUCCCAGUUCAACGUGCUCUUUAAGCUAACCCCCCUGACUCAGCUUUGUUGCUUUUUAAACUGUGGGAUAAGAAUUUUGAACUAAUCCGAAACAAAAAUAUUUCAUCCCUGAUCAGAAUUUGGUUAGAUACGAUCACUUUUUCUUUGACUGUACUAACAGGUCAGUCUUAAUCUCUUCUUUUUUAACAUCUCAGUACUUUGACUGGAUUAACUAGGUCCAAGUACCGGAGUUUUCUAGAGCUGAACCAGCAGAAAAGUAGAGUCUAGGUAUAGAUUGUGUGGUCGGAAUUCAAUACAGGACAAGUGUAACUGGUGCAGGCAGAAUUUAGAAAAAGCUCAGAGAGUAGACCCUGAGUUUCAAUGUGUACAAUCCAUCUCUCUCAUAUUAUUACAGUGCCAGGUCAAAUUAAACUUAUCUGAAGGCACUUUCCAUAAAGAGCGGAUCCAGUCCAUUUUUGGAGGGGGGCUAUUAGACAGGUACCGAUCAAAGCUGCCUUCCUGUUAGAUCAUUUCCAUUACUGGUAUUGGAGUCCACAAUGUGCAGUUUAUGUGCAACUGUGAUGCAGACUCUUUAUUUCUACUGUGUGGGGUAUACAGUCCUGCUGGGCAGGGUCCAAAGUGACCCUCCGAAACCACCACCAACAAGCGCCAGUUAUGGGUAGAAUUCCCGUUUUGCACUCAGUCAGAUUUAGAGGACUAUGUGCCACAUGGCAGGAAGUAAAAACUAUUUACUAGGAAGAUGGCUGCAACAGUUUUGACCAAGAUCAAGACUUGAACAAGUGCAUUCAGGCCCCAAGUGAUUAACAAGCACUCAGAAAAAGUAAUUUGAAAUACAUCCUAACAUCUUAAUGCUUCAUGAAAUGCAUCCUAAAAAAUAUGUGUCACCAUAGACAGUAUAUAGAAUGGACGUAUCUGCCUCCUCGCUGGGUGAAGCCACUCUGAGAACAGCACCCUCUGGUGACGGCCUGCAGUAUAGGUCAUAAAUCCCCCCCUACUCCAGCAAUCCCUAUGGAGAUGUGGACAAACUUAACAAAUUUAUUACACAGAAUAAACAUUUUUCUCCCCCCUGGUUGCUUUAAGUGAAUGAUUAUGAAGGAGGCGGUACGAGACAUGUCCACAUAGCUCAGUAUCCUUCUGUGAUUUAUCUUAGCUUAUUGACUGCACCAGUUGGUAGGAUGACUUUAAAGUGCAUUUUAUACACCAGAUCUGACUGUAUUAUGUAUACGGGUUAAGUAAACCUGUUUCAGAGCCCCACCAGUGUGACUGUUGCACAUUUUAGUAGACACAAAUUACACAUUACUCAUUUAGAACCCAAAAGAUGUUGUAAUACGGCCCAGGUUAUUAAAAAAGGGGGGUUGGAAGUUGGAUGUUUAUGAGACUGCAACUGAAUAUUUCCCUUUAUUGUUAUUGAGAUGAUGGCGUGCAGAAGUUCUCGGUUUUCAGUCUAUACUCUGACCCCGCUCCUCUACUGUCCUACAUGGUGGACAUCUGUGGUACACAAAAAAAGCUUUUAACAGCUUUUAAGCUUUUUUCCCUGCUGUCUCAGGAAAUAUGUUUCUUUGAAUGGUUUUCACAAUGAGCAGUAAAUAUGACAAAGUCAGAUUGUGCUGUUCUGUAAUAAGCUUUUUGGUAAUCGUCCAUAAAGCCAAAGAAAACUAUCUGCCGAACCAAACAUGAUCGAGUAGGUCAGAAAUUUGUAUAAAAUGUCUCUGUAGACAGUGGGGUAGUCCCUCACAGCUAUCAGUGCUAUCACAGACUGAGCUUAGGCUAUAGAAGCAGCAAACAGGGUGGUGGUAACAGAUGAUGCGACUCUGAGCUACACGUCUGCAUUGAAACCGCACAUUGCUGAACACAUUGAAAGCACACAGGAAAACAGUUUCAGACUAAAGAGUAAGUCAGUUAGGUGCCGAGAGCUGAACAUACAGCUCUCUGUAUCAGCAAGCUCAACUGUCAUAGUAACAAAAAGUUUCAGAAUGUCUCCAGUAAAUCAGGUCAUCCUGCUGCCAGUGAACAAGCUUUAAUGAAAUCCAAAAUUAUCGACUAAAAUUUUUUAUUUUUUUUUGCAAAGAUAGACUUAGACAGUGAUUUUUAAACCAGAAACAGCUGUUUCAUCACUCUCUGCAAGCACAAUGAAGUACUCUGCUAACAAAAUAGACACUUGAAAUGACCAUCUGUCCCGGGAAGACACAAAACAAGAACUUAUCGUAAAGUCACUCUAAUUCAUGAAGGAUUAUGUUGCAGCCGUCACAGCCUGUUGACCUGCUGCAGGAUGAAUUUUGGGCUGUUCUUAAAGUCACUGGAAGGAGUUAAAGCUGGUUGAGAAACUUAUACUGAUGCCUCUUGGCAAAAUCUGUUUCUAUUCAUCCGUUUGGAUAAUCUUGUGGAGUUUGCACCCUAUAGGAGCAGCUCAGAUGGAUGUGAAACAUGUCCCCUACUGUAGAUGUGUGACACUUCUAUCAUUUAAUCUGUAUUUAAGAGUUUUCAGAAUUAUAGGAAGACAGUCUGGAUGUCUGAAGUCACAGCUGAUAAGUAUCUAUAAGACCCAGUUCAUAGAGGGCUGAAACAGGGACGAUCUCAGUGAUACCAACACCAGUAUCAGAAUUUGACGGGUUGUAGAGUUUUAAACUGAUUGUUGUGUUUGUCAUUGUGUGUUUAUUCUGCAGAGUCUGAGUCCUUGGCCCAGCCCUGACCUUAGAGUAUAUUUACACACAGAUCCACUGGCUGACUUGCUGCUAAAUAAAGCCGCUCUGACGUCACAGCAGGAAGUUUACAUUAGUCAUGUGGAGGUGGGGGUUCCUGGGUCUGCGCUCUCUGGGGGUUUGAUCCCUGUGAAAACACUCUAGACCUCCAUUUCCCCUGUUUGACUGGAGGCAGAGAGUCCAGUGAGUCCUCAGAUUAGUGGGAGUGAAUGACUCUGGAGGAGGUGUAAAGUCAGGCUGUUAAAAUCUCCUAUAAUGAUAUUCUGCUCCUGUGGAUGUGAGAGCAGCAUGUCGAUGAGGAUUAAUCUCCUCUCUGUACCACCCUGAGGUACAGAGUUGGACCUCACCUGAGAUAUAUUUAACCUCAGGUGCCCAGACUGCCAGCCGCCUAUGAUUAAAUUAGCCUAUUAGCUUAACCCAACAUUCCAGCACAGAUUUAACCCAGAGGCAGAUUAGGAUUUGCACAUUUGGUGCAGACUGUAGACGCUGUUCAACAACAUGUUCUCUGUUUGAGACACGGCUGUCCAAAUAACAUAAGUGGUCACACUAACGACGUCACCCAUCAGUCUGUGUUUUUUGAGGGUUUGGAUUUCAGCCAUUUUUGGUGAUCACCAUCUUGCCUUCCAGGUGUAGCCUGAGAAUAGUGACGUGUCCGCCAACACCAUGUCAAAGCUGAAUAGUAUGCACCCAUUUUUAAUUCAUUAGCAAGGGAUGAGUUAGUUUCCACCAAUGAGUGAUCUACCAAGCCAUGUAUGGUGAGCAGAGACACAGAUAGCUGCCAAUCAGUGUUAACAUAUAAAAACCACAAACAUAAGUUAUAACCGAAUGUAAACCAGGGUAUGAAACUUCUUGGACUGUCUGUUAACACCAGAAAGCAAAUAUUAAGAUGGAUUUUAUCUGAUUUUUACAUCCCAAAAAGGCUCCAACACCACAAACACAACCUAAAAGUUAAAUUCAGUGACCAAGGUAGCUCAGGGGAAACCUAGCAGGCAGCUCUCGCCUGUCGCCACAUAUCCUUGAGCUUUGAUAAGAAUUAAACAUGUGAGUUACAAGAAAAUGUGUUUUUUUACCAAGCUGUAAACAUGUUCUGGACAUUUUAACAUGAGGCUCAAUGGGGAUUGACUCACUUUAAGAGGCAGCCUCUAGUGGACACUCCAGGAACUGCAGCAAGGUUUAAUCAGCAACAUCAGUGAACAGAAAUCUCCUUCACUCCCUCCUCUCAUCGUCUCUUCUUCCUCCAGUGUUUCCUCUCGCUCCUUUAACCUUUUUGUUCCUUUUAUACUCACACAGACUCGACUCGCCCCCCGGCUAACAGGCUGCAGCUUGCAAACUUAAUUGCUGGAGAGAAAUGAUUAAAACUUGGGGUUCAGAGGGUUCUUCCUGUUUAGAAGAAGAACCUUCUGGUCCGUGUCCAGGUGAGCCUCGGACUCACAGGUGCUCUGUGUUUUCUCUCUGGACAGGCCACAUGUGAGCGCGGCUUUGCUGCGAUGGAGGAGUCCCAUCAGAAGGUGAUCGACGAGCUGCAGAGGAAACACCAGAGAGAGCUGGAGAACCUGCAGGAGGAGAAGGAGAGACUGCUGGCAGAAGAGACCGCAGCUACUAUUGCAGGUACAUCACAGAGCAUAAACAAGUUGGAUUAUAAUUUUUGACACAAUGAUGAGCAUAUAUUUGUACACAUCUGAUUAUUGACCCAGUUGUACUCAGAAGUCAGGAUUUCCGAGGGAUUCCUGACUCGGAAAGUCGGACAAUCCACACAACCCCUGAGUUGACAUUUAAAGAUGGCAGCGCCGGUUGUAAACAAUAAGGCUGUUCUCGUAAUGAAAUAAAAAAUAGGCUACCUUCUGCGCUUUUGUGUUUCCUCUUCAUCCAACGUUAUUGCAGGUUGCAGGAUGACCGCAUAUUUGUCCAAAUAUUGUUUAUAUUCGGACAAGGCAAGUGGGAGAAUUUACUUUCGUAGAUGUAGCCAUCUUGUUUUUGCUUCCGUUUUUGGCCGUUGGCUACUUUUAUCCGACUUUGUAACUGAAACACUGAUAACUCCGGUGGGACGUCAUUCUCAGCUUCGACUUCCGAGGUUAAUGGAACGUACCAUAAGACUUCACAAACAUGCUCAGUCCUGAAGAAAUAACAGAAAACAUGAACUCCUUUUUUGGAGUGCAUGGUUUAGUUAUCAUAUUUGACAGCUCAGUUUUGAAAUUCAGUAUGACUGUUUUUACUUUUUGUCUUCAGCAAUCGAAGCGAUGAAAAACGCCCACCGCACAGAGCUGGAGAAGGAGCUGGACAAAGCUCGCAAAGCUAACAGCAACACCGAAAAUGCAGACAUCGAGGAGAUCCGCAGACAGCAUGAGUGAGUUUUGACUGUUUCCGGGGUAACGGCGGAGAGGUGAAGUUUGAUCUCUGGGGCUGUUUCAAUAAAGUCCUCCUGUUUACAGUCGCUCUUUUCUUUGCUGCGUUGAGUCGAAUGCUCCCAGAUUUUGGAAAUGAAAUAACCUAGCUGCUGUCCAGCAUGAGCUACACUCAGCUGAGAUAGUAAAGAUGUUAAAUAUCUCACUCCCUGCAGCCUACACUACUAGCACAUAAUAGUGAGGUAUGGAUGGACCCAGCAACAUACAAUCAUGACUCAAUGAGGGAGAAAAGCCUAAAAAGGGGGCGCAGCUAGACUGGUCCACCUCACUGUGUGUCCUCCAUGCUUUGCAUUGUGGAGGCAGCUUGCUUCUUGAAAGGCCAACCCCCGAAUAAAACACUAAAACACAACAAAAUCCCUUUCUCUGUGUUUUAAACUGGUGUUGGUGCAUCGUAUGUACUAAAAGGGGUCUGAACAAAAAUAAACAGGAGAGGCGUGAAAAUCAGGCGCUAGUUCUCAGAAACAAACUGUUCUUCAGUCACCGGGCCUCAAACUGAAUCCAACUCCUCACACAUCAGGGCCAGAGGACAUUUCCUUUACAGCCAAUGUUCUCAACUAAAGGUUUAAUUCAAUAAGACGAAGUCGAAGACUCUGCAGCUGUCUGUGAGGACCGGCUCAGACGUGUUUCUCACUCUGUUCACUCUCACCUGUCUGCUGCAGAAUGUUUCUGUGAAGCAGGUGACGUGAGGGCAGGUGAAGACAGUAAAUCAGCCUCAUUUUCAUUAAAAUGACAGAGCGGCUCGUUCACUGAUCCCAGAUCUGUCAGAGUCGAAACCAGGGGCCUAAAGCUGAGUCGCAGCUCCAUCAGACACCAUUAAAGCUGGAGAAUGAGACGUCUCUGUUUUGUUUUCUGUGUUGCUGUGUGUUCACUCUCUUAGCACGGCCUUGUGUAGCUCACUCUCUGAGUAUUGUAUCAUUGUGUAUCAGGGAGGAGUUGUGUUCGUUCCAGCGGGAGAUCGAGGUGUUGUCGGAGCAGUACUCACAGAAGUGUCUGGAAAAUGCUCACCUGGCUCAGGCACUGGAGGCCGAGCGUCAGGCCCUCAGGCAGUGUCAGAGAGAGAACCAGGAGCUCAAUGCACACAACCAGGUACACACACACACGCACACAUUAACAUACAUACACAGACAUGUUCAGCACAGCCUCGCAUGGGAAUUACAUAAACUCCUUCCUCUCUGUGUGCUUUUAGGAGCUGAAUAAUCGUCUGGCUGCAGAGAUCACCAAGAUGCGUUCAAUGACAUCUGAGGAGGGAGGAGACACAAACAGCACAAUACAGGGCAAAGAGCUCUACGAGUUAGAGGUGAGGCUCAAAUUCGGAUUGGUCAGACUACAGGAGAGUGACAAACUGUGUUCACACUCAAUGAUUAUCAGUGGUUUUAAGCCUGUGCAGGGAUUUCCACUACAGAGUCAAGUCUUUUUUAAUGCAAUGUUGCCAAACUGUGAGGGCUGCGUUCAAAGGGUUAAAAUCAGCUGAUUCUCUGUGGCAGAUUCUCAGAGUGAAAUGAGAGGCAGAUCUAUCCUUCUCUUGUUUGAGACCUCCUCUUUGUUCUCCUUCAGGUGAUGCUGCGAGUGAAAGAGUCAGAGGUUCAGUACCUGAAACAGGAAAUCAACUCCCUGAAAGAUGAGCUCCAAGCCGCCCAAAGAGUAUGUUUUCUCUCUGAGUCCCUGUCUGACAAACAACAUGAAUCUGCUGCAUCUGAUCUGACUAUUACUGUGUUUCCAGGAUAAGAAGUAUGCCACAGACAAGUACAAGGACAUCUACACAGAGCUGAGUAUAGUGAAGGCCAAAGCAGAGCGGGAUCUGGGCCGGCUCAGAGACCAGCUGCAGCUCGCUCACGAGGCGCUCGGAGAGCCCACGCUGGAGGAGGUGGAGCGAGGAGGAUACGGUACGAGACCACAGGAACACAUGCAAGCAAAAGUUUACAAACAGAAUGAUUAUUUUUCUUAUAUAAGUUGUUGUCAGCUCUUUACCUGCACCAGUUAGUAAAUUAAUGCUCAGUGAGGACGCACAUUCAGAUCUGUAGGUUUAAAGCCCUUUAUAAGAUGCACAAGGCCUGUUUCAGCUAAUCUGCUGCAAAGUCCAUCCAAAAAGUGCUGAUAUAUUUUAGUAAAAGUACAAUGAUACAAGUCUUUGGGCCAUAGACUUAGUCCUCUAGUGUCUGCAUCAGUGUUUCUGAGCUGUGGUGCCCUUGGAGGGUUUCAGACUAAAUCUGUAUAAUCAGUGGGUCUAAUUUUUUUUAAAUGAAUCAGAGUCCGGGAUUCUGCAGGAUUCCGCCUGUGAUGUUAUUUAAACUCUGACAUGUUUUCCUUACAGAUAUCAUGAAGUCCAAAAGCAACCCUGACAUCCUGAAGAUGGCAGCCGCUGCAGCCAAGCGCUCAGAGCGAACCAUGAGGUCAAAGGUCAGUGUCAGAUCCAUCUUCAUCCCGCAUAGGUGUUAAAUCAUCAGUCUGAAUCACUCAUCAGGUCUGAAGGCACAAUCAGCAGCAGGGAGCGGGCCUGUUUCCUCCCACACACACUGAGCAGGGACGCAGCGCCCUCUGCUGGCCACGUUGCCGAGCUGCAUGAAGCACUACACGUCCACUGUCCUGCAUCAUCAGCGUUCCUGCAGUUUUACUCUCCACCUGUGCCUCCAUCAGAGCUGAGUGUUAUGACACACUGUGAUACCAUGAGUCUAACACACACACGUGUUGGUGUGUUUCUGUCCUCAGUCUGUGAGUCCAGACAUGCCCUGGGACAGUCAGGGCAGCUGACCACCCGUAGACCCCUCUCCCUCCUCCUUUAGGUAAACAAACUGGAUGCACCAUGGCAGGUUUAAGCUCCGCCUCCUCCCGUUCUCCACCUGUUCAGCACUCAUUAACAUCCACAGAUCCCCCACCUCACUGACGCAUGAAGGCUGAGUGAAUGAAGUGUGUUUGAAACAUCUCUGGGUUUCAACAGUUAAUUAUCUCUGCAUCUUUUCUCACCACGUCUUGUUUUUAUACUGUGGAGCUCUAAUCCAGAGAGGGUCACUUCAACAGUUAUCAGACAAGUCAGAAAUCUAACUUCAAAAAUUCUUCUUCAGGUCUAUCAGAGAGGUAUUCUUUUUUUACUAUGAACUUAAUUUUUACAUUUCAGUCCCUGCAGCUACUUUAGAAAUUGACUGAAAUAGAUCAGGCUCAGUCUUGACCUUUCAAUUCAUUAAGAAAACAACAAGUUUAGAUGAAAACUCCAAAUAAGUAGCCAAAUAUUUUUAGUUAUUUCUUGAUUUCUUUUGAAUAAAUGUCUUAUGAUUAUCAAGGGUCAUGUGUAACAGAAAAGCACUGCAGCUGAACAGCACAGUCCUGCAUAUGAAAGAACUGCAUUGUGUCAAAGAGUUUUAUAAAUUACAAAACAAGAGAUUAAAACUGCAGUGCAAUACUAGUGAGAGCCAACUAUAUCCAUACCUGUUUGGGUACCAUGGCAACAAAAAAUGAACUCCUUGGCACCUGAAACAGAAUGUUAUUUCAGUUUAGUUAGGGACACAGCCCUCUGUUUGAUAGAGAGGGGGCUGUUGAUCGUGUAAUUAAAGAGCAACUAGCACUCUUUACGGUCUUACAGUACCUGCAUUUUAUAAGUGGUUUGAAAAUAGAGUCCCAGCCACAAAGCUGAAAAGUAAAGUGAGUUCAGUGCAAAACAAAUCAAAUUGUUUUAAUUGUCUGAUAACUCUUAACCUCUCCGGUGUCUUUGGGCUCCACAACUCACAGGGUGUAGGAGGGUCUUAAUCAUCUGUUCUGUGGUGUGAGGGUGUCAUAUGAUCACAGGGUGAGAACAGAUUUACAGACAUGGAAACACUGCCUGCUGAGGAACAUCUGCUCAGAGAGGAACAUGUGUUUAUCACACUCUUUAUUAACGUGUGUCUGUGCCGACGUGCUCAUCACACAGAUGAUUAACAUGUUUUCUCCCCCGUCUCCGCAGAGUCUGAAGGAGGGGCUGACGGCCGAGCAGAGACUCCACCUGUUCGACAACAAAGAUACCAAGGAGUUCUGACAGCGACGCUUCACGUCUGCCUGCAUGUUACAAGCCCACCUUAUAUUUUAGCUCUGUGGUUACUAAUUUAGAAACACUACACACUGGUCACAAACACAGAUCAUAUAUUAUUAAAAACAUGGUAUGAAGUUUGAAUUUCAUGUCUAGAUUUUGCAUUACAUGCACUUCAGUUAACUGUGACAUUUUGUAUGUUUUGCUGCCAUGUCUUACUGUAAAUACUGUUUUUAAUGUCUGCAAACACUAAACUCUGACUGUGUAAGCUACUGUUUUAACUCUAGACUGUUGCUCGCCAAAGGCACCAAUGUGAUAAUGAAACUCUGCUACAUACUGACAGCGCAGGAGAGGCCAAGGCGUCCCGAUGUGCACGUUAACACCUUGAUGCUGCGUCAUAACUCCACCAGACAGAAAAAACUAACAAGUUCGCCUUCAUCUGAAACAAACUAACAAGCUCGUCUUCAUCAGAAAGAAACAGCCUCCAUGUUGCCUCAUCGCCUGGCUCCUACACAAACAUCAGAAACAAUCAGUCUGAGAGGAGCAUGGACAGAUUCACUGAUUAUAAUUUAAUUUUUAUAUAUAUUUGAAAGUUUAUAGAGUGUUUCUUUUUCUUGCUGCAGUCAUGGUUCAGCUGUAGAAGAGCUGUUGUUGGAGUCGGUUUUGUUUGUAGUCUGUUCAGUGGCAGUCCCUUUGUAUUUAUUUAAUGGUUGGGAUUUUUUCUUUCACAUUCCCAUUCCUCUGUACUCUAUUAUUGUAAAUAUAAAGCAAAUAUACACCAACUGACUACAAGUUUAUUAGCAAUAAAUAUUUUUGCACCCUU